ACGGCAUCACUUUCCAUGUAUCUGUAUGACAACACGGUGGGCGUGGGUUGGAAUCCCUGCUGUGACCUGCCAGGCACUGAGACUGCCUGUCACGUGACUGGCAAGCGAAGCAGUCCCCCUCUGCCCUUACUUCACCGGAUCUCCGGGUCCACGUCAAACCCGUGAUGUCACCGGGCCAUCGCCGCUGUGAUUGGCUACGACGCGUUCCAUGCCUCCACGUCACACCAGCAGCUGAAAGCCGGAACUGGAAGGCGAGCUGAGCGUGAGUCCGUGGAGCUCGGAGUGGGAAAGCUGCCUGGCAAGACCGGGGAUUGUGUAGGCCUUGUCCCUGUGUGAUCAGCAGGAUGUGCACAGCAGAGGUGUAGCAGCCGCAGAAGGACUCAUAGUGUGUGGCCAUGGGCUGGUUAACUUUAACACUGGCUGGGCUGAGGAGCUUACUGUUCUCCUUCAUAUUGUGUGUGGCCGUACUCCGGACUGUACAAGCUGCCAUGACCAAGGAAGAGAAAACUCAGCUCAGGUAAUUGUUUAACCAGGCUGGGGUAAGGAUUCCAGAUGGUGCCGAGUUUGGCUUCGCUAAGCAUUGUGUGAAAUGUAGUCCAUGUGAAUAGGUGUGCCAGAGAUUAGCUACCUCUGCAGUGCUUUAAGGGUUAGCCCUGCCCUGCCUUACUGCCAUGGCCCCUUCAGAUCUUGGUUACAUUUCCUUACAUGUUCAGCCAUUGUUUGGGUCCAGCUGGUGUGGACAUUCUCCUGGGGGUACAUGGGAAAUGUAGUCCACAACAGCUGGAGGUCCUUCUGAGAAAUAUCACUCAUGUCCUUGGUUAAUACAGUGAACACUACCCAUGCACACAAAUAUUUGUGAACUACAAUUGACUGUUAUUUGUGCUGGAGGCAGGGGAGAGCUGUCUGUAUUUGGCUCUGGGAUAAAGACAAACAGCCCAAUUUGAGAACAAACCAGCACACCCUCAUACCAUAUUUUCUCAGUAUAAUAUGACAUGUUUUAUACUGAUACUGCUUGAACUUAAAUACAAUAAAAGUACAAUGAUUCUGUUACAUAAUAUUUUCGAGUAUUGUGAUGUAAUGCAGUAGCCCACAAUCCACUCUAUCCUAGUGGCUUGAUGGGCAUAUGCCCCCUUUCCAGCAAUCCCCUAGUUGGUUGUGCAUACUAGGGAAUGUAGUUUUACAAAUAUCUGGGUUGCUAAGGUAAGGUGUAAAUGGUUUAAUUACGAACGUGACAUUUCUGGAUUAGUGUUCUGGUGUACCUGUGUAGGAGCCACAAGCACCUGUUUAAAUACUAAUGAUGUUCACAAUGGAAAUAGGUACUUGCUCUGAUACAUAUAAGAAGAUAUAAGUCGUCCUAACGGGUAUUAUUUUGAGCGCAAAGCGUUAAAUGUUGCAACAUUCUGUUGGUUUCUGUGACGAUUGCAACUUAUUUAGCAUUUUGUGUCAUAAAUUUUACCCAUAGACUGUUGCCCUGUAUUUGGGUACAUCAACCUUUUUUAUAAAAGUAUGUUGAAUCAUAGAAUGAUGCUUUUUCUUUUCCUUUUCAUUUUAUUGAAGAAAAUAAAGCCGAUGCAUGAAUAAUGUAGGCCAAAUAGAACAAUAUAUAGUGACAAAUCAAAGUGAUAUAUUUUUUUUUUACUUGUCAUAAUACAUUGGAUAGUACAUAUCCAUAUCAUUGGUGUUAUCACAGUAUGUAGAAAAACAUUACCUUGUCAUGCAUGUUUUCAAGGCACCAAGCAGGGGUAGUAAAGACAGAAUAUAUUUGUAAUGAUUUGGAAUAUAACCACAUAGAUGCCGCUUAUGGUCAUAUAUCAGAACGCUAUGACGUGGGAGGUGGUUGUAAAGGCGGAUGGAAAUACUAUCCAAGAAUGUUAGAUCUACCUAUAUGGGCGAUACUUCAUCAAUAUUGCCUGUUUGACUUUCACCAGGACCCCAAAAGAUUUUACUUUCUGUAUCCAUUUUGUACUUAGGGGGGAAAAGUUUAUUUCAAUUUGACUGCUAUAAGAAAUUAAUUUGUGGUAAGUGAAAUAAUAACGACUUUAGAUUUGGGGCUGGAAAUUUCAGUUCGUUGAAGGAGAAAUAUCUCUGGAGGGAACUCAAAGCAGCUGUGUCACUUUCUGACGUAUUCCUAAUGACAUACUUUUCAUGAAAAGCUCUUGCAAUGAAGAGAUAUACAUGAAACAAAGUGGUGACAAUUAAGGCUUAUGUAAUUGUCAAUCUCUUGCAAAAUCUGCUUUAAUUACAAUUCUGUAACAGUUUUAAUGGAAUCUGCAAUUUUUUGCCAUAAAAGGUACAAUAUGUGGACAGAGGCGCCACAUUUGUAUGAAGGAUCCAUCCUUGUUGAUUCUACAGUCCCAACAAAUUAUGGAGAAUUAACAUAUAGAGCGGUUUGUAGUUUUUCCAUACAUGUGCGCUAGCCUCUCACUGCUUUAUUUCAGUCAAUCCAAAGCUUUCUCAUAAUAAUCAAAUUUGAUGAAGUCUGGUUCAUCCGCAAAGAGGGCAGUGCGGCAUGGGAUAAAAGCAAAGUAAUUUACCCUUUUAACCAUUACAGGAUGGGGUGGGGGUGGCUGGUAUUCUAGGACACUAUAGCAUACACGUUUGUAUUCCUAGCUCUACAGUGUUCCUUUAAGUAGAAGUGAAUUAGAGGGUGCAGUCCUGUGAGGUAUAUCCAAUGUGUAGAUUUCAUGGGGAGGUUUAUCAGUUUGUUUUGCUUGCACGCUCUUUCUCUUUUGAGAUGAGAGCCCUGUAUAAUUUAGUUUGGCUCUCAUUUUGUUUUUAUGGUAGUCUGACUGUAGAUAUGGGGACAUAUCUGAAGAAUAUCAAUUUUUUUUUUUUUUUUCUCUAAACGGAUUCUGAAUAGAAGGUGAAAUCCUGUUGCAUCAUUACAGAGUAUCAUUAAAGGCUUGACUUUAGUGGUUUGACAUGGCCAUGAUGAUUAGAAUCUAUGUGCUGCCUUUCACUAUGAAACGUUGCAUAUACAGACUUUAACCCCUCUACUACUGGAAGUGUAAUUCCAUCACUGGUCGUGUCAUUGGUGAUUCAUUAGCCAGACUGGAUCAAGAGUUACGGGUAACUGUGUAUUCUGUGGAAUUUUCCCAUCCCACCAGCACCCCUGCCACUCUGUAUAUCCCAUGUCCUCCAUUCAGCCUGAUCUCCCUGCCCCUCCAGCAAGAUGAGUCUCGUGAGCAUUUCAGAACUUAGCUCAGGAGGGCUAAGGUAAGUUCUGGCUGAGGAACUUUCUUCUCUUUGGCCAUGGUAACGGAGGUCGUGUGUGGCUCCUGGCAGACCCCAGGUGGAAUAACUGUUUGAAAACAGUUUGCUUAUAUACUCCAGAAACCAUAACCAUUAAAAGUGGAAGUAGUAAAUCAAGGUGCAUAACCACUGCAUCUAUCUGUAGUGGUUAUGGUUUCUGGAGUAUUCCUUUAAUAAUUUUAAUUGGAUAGGGUGUAUGAUUCACACAAGCUUAAAAGAAACAUUAAAUUAUGUGGGUUUUAUUCACUUAACAGUGAAUUGAAAGCUGUUGAUUUUGGUGGGAAAGUUGCUGUUCAGACUCCUAAAACAUGACCCCUCAGCUGCUACCGAGAUGAAGAAUUCAUUAUCCAUUCAUAUUUGGGCUACGUCACCACCAUUCCCAUGUUUAAGGAAAACAGAAGUGACAUACAUGCUUUUAAAGGGUUAUUGUAACCAUUACUGAUCACUGUAGUGGGUAUGAUGCCAGAAGUAUCCUGGCCCAGUUUACCAAAAUGGGGCAAACUGUUUUGCGAUAGUUUGCCCUCUUACCUGGCUCCCUGCUGGGUGCCCAUAGUCCUACUUCCUCUGAUUUGCUGCAGAAGCCAAAUGCGAUCCCAUCCGCACCCAUUGGCUUAGAUUGUCAGCUGAUUGCUCUCUUAUUUCACGCUGGCUAAUGAUGCCCCAGUGAUGCUACCAGAGGUGAAGUUACACCUCGGGCAGCAAAGGGGCUAAACUCUGUAUGUGCAAUGUUUCAUAGCGAAAUCAUACAGACUUCAGGCACCCCGAUCACUUCAAAACACUCUAACUAGCACCCAACAACCCACAUUUUCCAAACAAAAUAGCUAUGGAUAUUACUACUUGCCUUGCUUAGUAGCAUGUGUUAAGAUUUGCUGUGACAUGUGAAAUUAUAUUGACUGUUUCCCUUAAAAGCUAUUUAUAAGAGAAAAGAAAAUUUGUUAAAUUAUUGCUUCAUAUAAUGCAGCUUUUAAAUGAAUCAUCAUAACCCACUCCCAAUCAAACCAUCUCAAGUAAGUCCCUGGGCAAGACACCUAAAGAUAUAUCCUUCCUAUCUUUGUUUGAUAAUUAUAAAUUUCUGCAGAGUAUGUUGGUGCUAUAUAAAUGCUGAUAAUAAUACUGCUGUCAUAUAAAUUCAAGCAGAAUUAAAGGCUGUGUACUUUAUCUAACAGUACUUGUUAAAGCGAUAAAGAACAGAGCCGGUAAAGGGAAGCCGUCAUGUUAACCCUGCAUUGAAAAACAUUGCUGUUUUUACAAACUAGAACAUUAUAGUGCCAGGAAAACUUGUUUGUUUUUCUAAAGCUACAGUUAUCCUUUAAAACAUGAAAUAUACAGCCAUGUUUUUAUGCUGAAACUGUGCUGCACUGUUUGAAACAAUUUUUUUUUUUUAAUGUUUUUAAAGGACCGCUAUAGUGCCAGGAAAACAAACUCGUUUUCCUGGCACUAUAGUGUUAAUAGGACCCCCCCACCUUCAGGGUCCCCCUCCUGCCGACUUCUAAGGGGAGGAAGGUGUUAAAUGCUUACCUUUCUCCAGUGCCGGGUUCCCUCGGCACUGGAGACUCUCCUCCCUCUUCCGACAUCAUCUGCUGAAUGCGCAUGCGCAGCUACAGCCGUGCAUUCAGUCAGUCCAAUGGAAAGGAUUUCUCAAUGCUUUCCUAUGGACGCUGGUGUCUUCUCACUGUGAAAAUCACAGUGAGAAGUGCCUCUAGCGGCUGUCAAUGAGACUAGAGGCUGGAUUAACCGAUAUGUAAACAUAGCAGGGUUAAACCUAGAUGGACCUGGCAGGCAGAGUUAAACCUAGAUGGACCUGGCAUCCAGACCACUUCAUUAAGCUGAAGUGGUCUGGAUGCCUAUAGUGGUCCUUUAAAGAUAUGGUGUUGAUCAGGAGUGCCCAAAAGGUAGAUCCCCAGACGGAUCACGGAAGUUGUAGUUUUCAAACAUCUGGGGAUCUAUCUUUUGGGCAUCCCUGGUGUAGAUUUUUUCCAUGCUGUAUGUGGAUUCCAAAGUGUCAUUUUAUCUAGAUGGGUUAGACAUCCAACAUUGCAGAGUACCCUUCCAAAAUACUACUACUAAGUGCAUAGCUCUAGUUGGGUUUCUUUUUAAUUAAAAUAUUUUUGCAGACUGUUAAUAAAGAGACUUUUAUAUCGUGCACGAAAAUCAUAAAGUUACAUGGGGGCAUUGGUUCUGCAUCUUAAACGGUAGCAACUUCCACUAGCAGGAAAUAUAACUAAUCACGAUUUGCGAGUUAUGUGUCAGUAGUCUUUGUACGCAAACAAGACUAUACAUCGGACACAAGGUCAUGUAUUUAGACUGGAAGAAAGAAGAUUUAGUCUAAGGCAAAGAAAAGGUUUUGUUUACCAAAAAAACAAUAAGGAUGUGAAAUUUUCUGCCUGAAGAAGUUGUUUUCUCAGAGUCCGUACUGAUGUUUAAACAGCAACUAUAUGCAUAUACUUGCAAAAACGUAAUAUUCAAGGAUAUCAUUUUUCAACUGUAGGGUAAUAGCUUCCUGAUCCAAGGAUAAAUCUGGCUGCUAUUCUGGGAUCAAGAAGGUGUGUGUUUUUUUGUUUUUUGUUUUUUUUACUAGUUUGUUGAAAAAUUGGAAGUGCCUCAAACUGUUUCUUUUUUUUUUUUGCCUUCUUUUUUGUGUGGCUAAAUUACUCCGUAUUCCCUUUACGUGAAGUGUCCUUUGUAGGAGGAGGGAAAAUGCAUUAAAAAUGUGAAAUAAAAUGAACAUAUUGAAAGAUACGUUUGCACCCACUGAAUUUGCUGCAACCUGCGUGUUGUCAGCCAUGCCUGCCCUCCAUUAUUUCACUGGAGGUGCUAAUACACAUGUAACACAUGAUUAUUUUGUAGCUUUUUUUUAUUUUUUUAUCUUUGCAGCUAUAAGGAAUAACUUUAUACUGAGACAAUGAUUGAGACCCCCUUACACUGAUGUGAUGAGCAUGGGUACUAAUGCUAUAUAUCCGUGCCUAGUGAACAGCAGUGCCCACUUUAUGCAAACUACGACUUCACAGCAUAAAUACAUAUACGCAUUCCCCCACCCCCCUUUUUUGUGAUAGUUCUUACUUUCUGUAUGUGUUGUUUGAUAUGUAUUUGUAUAUUGGAUAACCUUGACAGUCACAGCUGUUUGAUUUCACACAUUUAUGCACACAUGCUUUAGUUUCACAUUAUUGAAAACGUGGUAAGACUCAAUGAGUAACGUGUACAAUACUUUGUCAUUGAAUUCAGUCUCCUGAACAGUGCCAUGAAAAUGGGAACAAUAAGACACAUCAUAAAUAUUAAUAAAUACAGUAAGGUUAAAACUGCAGUGGGCAAUUCAGGACAGGAAUCUUGCAGAUGGUGUCAAGUUGUCAUGUAUCCUUGAAAAUGUUGGCUGUUUUUUGCUGAAUUUGAACAUUUUGAAAUGACACCGAAGAACACAAACGCAAGCUCAUUUCAAGCCAAAUCCAGCCAUUCUUUUAGACUUUAAGGGGUAAUCUAGGCAUCCACAUGUUGGAUCAUAAUGUUUUAUUGUGUGUGAGGUUUAUGGCUUAGUUUUUAUUUAACAAUUUUUUUAAAAAUUUUUUUUUUUAAUUUAAAGUUGAAUAUUAAAACUUGUGUUGUUGACUUAUCUUAAAACUGUUUAAAAGUAUAUAAGCACUAUUUACAGCAGACUUCAUUACAUCAUUGGUAUGUUUGUAUAACAGUGGGCUCCGCAUUGUUAAUGCUGUUCCGAUUACAUAGUAGUAACAAUUACGAAACUCUGAAAAUAAUAAAUGGGGAUAUCCUUCCAGUUAUGCAUUUGCAAGGAAUUUGGCAAGCACAUUGUAUAGAUAGAUAGUUACAUAGGCCGAAAAGAGAACUGUUUCCAUCAUGUGUAGCCUUCCGCACAUCGUUUUUUGCUGUUGAUUCAAAAGAAGGCAAAAAAACAAGUUUAAAGCACUUACAAUUUUGCAACAAACUAGGGUGAAAAAUUCCUUCUUGACCCCAGAAUGGCAGUCAGAUUUAUCCUUUUAUCAAUAAGCUAUUACCCUACAGUUGAAAAAUUAUAUUAUUGAAUAUUAUGUUUUUGCAAGUAUGCAUCUAGUUGCUGUUUAAACAUCUGCACAGACUCUGAUAAAACCACUUCUUCAGGCAGAGAAUUCCACAUUCUUAUUGUUCUUACAAUAAAAAACACCUUUUCUUUGCCUUAGACAAAAUCUUCUUUCUUCCAGUUUAAACGCAUGACCUCGUGUCCUAUGUAAAGUCCGGUUUGUGAAUAGGUUUCCACACAAUGGUUUGUAUUGGCCCUGGAUAUAUUUUUAUAAUGUUAUUUAUUUUCUCUGAGGCAAGAUUUUUUUCUAAACUAAAGAGGUUUAAACGUGUUAUUAGAACAAAUUGUCUAUACUAAAAGAGAUCUACUAGGCAAUUUGAUGGUUUUAAGAUUAAAGGAACCCUUCACACACAAAGUUUGCUGAAAUGCUUUAUGUAUUAGAAUAUGUUCAUUUAGUGCUGAUUAGUGUUUCAAAUCUGCACUUUCACAAAUAAUUGCAGAAACACCUCCCUGACUGUCACUCAGAAAGCUUGGUUGGUUAUCUUUGGAUUCUGUUAGCUCCACAGAGCUAAUGGAAGUGGUAUGCCUUUCCCCCAGCCUGUGAGUCCAUCAGUGUGCAGUUUACCUCUGCUUCCCUGGCUAAGAACUGGCAUGCGGCUCUAAAUCAGAGGCUACUAUGAGAUUGUCAGUCUGUGAAGGGGGAAAAAAAGGGAAAGCUACCAAAGGUUUGCAAGCUGUUUUUAGGUUUACCCCAAAUUAAAAAAUGCAUACUUAAAUACCUGCAUGUUUUAGUAGGGUAUAUCUACUAAAUAGGUAUUGUAUUUUUUUUUUUUUUUAUAUAUUUGGGUAGUGGAGUGUCCCUUUAAAGAAACAGAGAAAUUUUAAAGGGACACUAUAGUCACCAGAACUACAGCUUAUUGUAUUUGUUCUGGUGAGUGUAAUCAUUCCCUUCAGACUUUUUUUGCAGUAAACAUGGUCUUUUCACACUGUGCAGCAUUGACAGUCAGUGUUUCCACCCUCUGCAUAGAGACACAGAACUUUACUCAUAGAGAUGCAUUAAUUCAAUGCAUCUCUAUGAGGAGAUGCUGAUUGGCCAGGGCUGUGUUUGACUUGUGCUGGCUCUGCCUCUGAUCUACCUCGUUGACAGUCUCAGCCAAUCCUAUGGAAAAGCAUUGUGAUCGACUCAGAACACCACUUCUGAUGAUGCCAGUCAAGCAGGCAGAUCAGGGGUAGAGCCAGCAGCAGUAGACUAGAAUAAAAUAUAUUUAGAGAGGCAUGGGGAGAGGGAAAGGGGGAAGCGCUAGAUGGGGGUUUUAACACUAUAGGGUCAGGAAAACAUUUUUGUGUUACUGACCCUAUGGUGUUCCUUUAAGAAGUUAAUAGAGAUUAAACAAAAAUCACAAAGUAUUAAAGGGGGGAGGGUUAUUUUAUGAAGAACACAACUGCAUUGUUAGUCAAAGUGAGGUUAUGAAACCAAUAUGUGAGUAAAUAUAUGUACAUUUUUAUUUAUUUUUUGGCUGCCCAUUGAUGCUCAUUUGAAUGCUUCCACAUUUGCCAAAAUGUAGAGGAGAGACAUAGCGAUGGGUGUCUAGGGAGGCCACUUCUUUUUUUAUUAUUCAUUUAUUUUACCAUUCAAAAUUGCCUUUGAAAAGCUUUUAAUGAACCAUAAUAGGCAAAGUCAGCCCAACUAUUUUUUUUGUUACAUUUAAGAAACAUGUUAUCAAUGGUCAUGUGGCUUAGUUAUAAUUACUAUAUAUAGGCAUUGCAUUAACACUGUAAAAAAAAAAAAAAUUAUUUCUGUUUAAAUACAUAUUUAUUUUUAUAUUUUUUGUAACAGGAGUCAAGUGCUGGAAAUGUUUGAUCACGCAUAUGGAAAUUAUAUGGUAUGUAUAAAUUGGUUGUUUUGUGUUUUUUUUUUAUCUGCAAAAGUUUAAUUUAGUGAAAAACAAACUUGAUAAUUGUGUAAAUGGUGCUCUUUUCCCCCCACACAAAUAAAAUUUUCAAACAGCAGCUUGUGGACUCAUGUGGACUUUCCCCCUAUAUACCACGCACAAAAAGUAUUUAUUUAAUUACAGUGGUGCGCGUGUGUAAAUGUGCAUGUCAAUAAAUAUAUAUAAUUCUCAUGAGUUAGAACCACUCGCAUACAUUGGAGCCUGAUAUGAUGGCUUGGAUCUUUUGCACCUCUGUCUUUAAGGUAGUACACUACCUAAACGGCAGCCCUUUGGCUUAGUAAAUCCAAAAACACAGAUAAAAGAAAUUUAGACAAGAGCUAGUGUAUUAACUUUGGUAUUAUUAUUUUAUUAUUUAUAUAGCGCCAUCACAUUCCGUAGCGCUGUACAUUGGGUGGACUAACAGACAUGUAAUUUUAACCAGACAGUUGGACGUACAGGAACAGAGAGGUGGAAGGCCCUGCUCAAUGAGCUUACAUUCUAAUAGCGUAAUACUUAAAGCACUAUAUAUUGUGCUCACCUGGUACACAGAAAAAGAUAAUCAAUACGUGCAACAUAUUUGUAAAUCAAAACAAAAACACAAUCACCAGUGUAUGUAUUCUCCCUCAAUACACAAUACAAUAAUUGCCAACAACAAGUCUUAAUCAUAAAACAUAAAGUGUGGUCUGUGAUUAGAAAGGUACUGAAUGCUACCUAUUUGACAGGAAAUAUAUAUAUAUAUAUAUAUAUACUAUCCACAUACUUCAGGUGGAAGGGGUUUUCAAUCACAAUUUUUCCCCACCAUAACCUAAUUAUAUUUAUAUAUAUAUAUAUAUAUAUAUAUAUAUAUAUAUAUUCUCAAAAAAAGAACAAAAAUACAUUAUUUUCUAGCCCCUUGCCUUGUAGUCCAGUCUUCAACGCUACAAGGGAGUGUUACCCCUAGUAACACAAAGUGGAUACAUCACGAGCCUGAUCCUUGGGCUCUACCCCACGUGAGUGUUAUUCUUCAGUAAAUUUAUACUCAUAAUUGUGACACCUCUGUCAUUUCUGUAUCAGCUGCUCAGAGAUAGCCAAAGAAGAAGAUAUCGAAAUGGACAUGGUGAAAAAGCUUACACAUUUAUUUACUUAAAACCAAUAAUAUUGCAGUAUCCAAAAUGCAUUUUACCCCACGGCUUUACCAGUUGGAAAUGUAUCACAGUAAGCCUCCAGGUAAAACGUGUUUCCAAGAGUUUUCUAAUGCACUGCUCUUAAAGCGCUGAUUGUUAGACUUCCAUUGCAACCAGGAAUUGUUAAAUACUUGUAAUUAUUGCCCUAGCAAUUUAUAUGAUAUACCCAUAAUUCUAUAGACACUGGAUCUUUACAAAUAUGGAUUUUAUUUUAUUUUUAUUUCUUUUUUUAUUGUGGUGACAAUAUUGUCACUUUUCGAUCACAUGUCCUGUUCUGUUUUGAUACCCGGCAUUCUAUAAAUCACAUACAAUUUCUAUUGAAAUGACUGUGAAGCUGGACUUAUUUUCUAUUGGCAUUUAAAACCACCUAUAGUGUUCAAAUGUCUAUUCUAUUACUGGCAAGCUGUGAAGGUGCGACUUUUCCAUACCUCGAAGGGAAAGCUCUAAGCACUCUAAUCAUUACAGCAUCAUCUAGUGAUUAUGGUGCCAGAAUCCACUGGCACUCUCCUACAGUAAUUGGUCAAACUAUUUUGGAAUGGUUUUAUACUCCAUUAUGUCCUCCAGGUACCUGCAGUCCAGCUGCUUCUUCUGAUAUCACUAAACUGGAAGUCCUUGUAUCAAUUUUAUCCCUAUGUUAAUGGAAUUUAUUGGUUGAGAGUGUUGGCUGAUGCUCUCAGCCAAUUAAUUCUGUCCACAUAUGUGAUCCAUCUAAUGUGAAAGGGGAACUUCUGUUUUACAAAAUAAUAUGCAAAUGUUGGCACUCAACUGGCUGAUGGUGCUCGUAUUGAGGCAACCCACCAUUCAAACUAAAAUGAAAUGUUCUAACCCAAUAAUACAGUACUCAAAAAAGUUUGUAAAUCAAAGAGAUUUUAGAUUGCAGUCCUUAUGUAUAUGUAUGUGAAUGUAUUACUUUUAUUCUUUUCUAGCUCACAUUGCUGAUGGUUUCCACAAACCUUUGAAUAAUUUCACCCCAUGUUUGCUCACAAACAGUUUUGCCCAUAAGUUUUAUGUACUUUUAUUUUUUGGAACUUAUUUUAACAUAAUUAUGUUAAUCUUUAAAAUUAUUAUUUAUUUAUUUUUUUACAUUUCUUAUUUUUGUAGUGCAAAGCAAACAAGUAAAAACAUUGAGACAUCACACAUGUGUAUAAAUGCAGAGACAAAGGUGUAUAUGCAAUAUGGAAUGUAAAGAAUACUGCACAAUUUUUUAUUUAUUUUUUUGUAGGUAUAACACUGACAGGUCAGUAGAAAUACAGAGUAGUAUAUUGGUAUGAACAGCUACACAGAUUUGUUUAUGUGUGCGCUAGAGGAAUCGGAGCUGGGGGUGGGAGGAAUGUUAACUUGGAUCUAGUGUAGCCGGGAUGUACCCGGGUCGACCAAUGUAGGUUGUGUAAUCAUUGCAUAGGGAAUUAAAAGUAAAAGGCAACAUUAACAGAAAGCAAUUCAAUAAAAUAAAAAGAACCACAGUAGAACAGUUCCUUUGUUCUGGAUCAGCUAAGUUCAGGUGACCGCCACUAUUGUUGCACCAUUAGCUGCAGGGGUGAAUGGGACAAUGUUGGCUGGAUCCCAAAAGGCGGAAGUGGACUGAGAUGGUCGACUGAGGCCCAAGCCGGACAAGACUGCAUCAAUCUCCGAGGCUUCGGUGACUUUAUGCUCAGCUUUGUUGUGGUAAACAAUGAGGGUUCGUGGGUAGCCCCAUUUAUAUUUCAGGCCAUGGGAAGACAACGCCAACGUUAAGGGUCAGAGGGAUUUCCUCCACUGCACCGCAAAAAAGGUGAGUUCCAUCUCUUCAAAGCAGUAUGGGGUCUCUCCCCUGGUUGCUUGCAAGAAGGCAGUCUUAUCCUGCUCGUUCUGAAACUUUAUGAGAAGGUCGCCAGCGGCCGAAUCCUUGCUAGGCUGUGAUGUUGGCAGGUGGAACAUGCUGUCUAGCUGAAUGCUCUUCGCCUGCCUAGGAGGCAGCAGGACCAAAAACGGCCUACAGAGAAAAUGUGGUAACUCAGCUGGAGUGAUGCUCUCAGAGAUGCCUCUGAUCUUCAGUUGCUUCCAUUUCCUCUUGUCCUCCAGGGCUGCAAGUUGGUGAUCAAAGUUGGCCUGGGCCGAGGCAAGUUCCCCCCAACUGCCUCUUUAACUCUGUGAGGUGAGUGGAGUGAUUCUGUGUCACUUGCUCCACUGCAGCCAUUCGGGCAGUAAAGCCCCUGGCAUCCUCUAGUACCUGAGUAAUUGCAGCUGUUUUUGCCUGAGAUCUGCCAAAAGGCUAGUGAGGAUGGCAGCAGUGACAGGUGGAGAAGUGUCCUCUUCCUGUUUAGAGGGAGUAGAAGGUUUAGGGGUGAAAACCUUGGUAACUCAGAUCCUCACUGCUGUGUAGAGGGAGAUCCUCUGAGACAUUGGAGAAAUCAACUAGGUCUGCCGCCAUGUUUGGCCUACCUGUGCCAUGCGGCCUCUGAAAUAGAUCCCCAAUGUCAACAUAAUAUCCAGACCGAUCCAGUCUCGGCUUUUUAGUUUUGUGCCCCAUCGUCUGUGGUGCAUUGUGCCGAGGUCUGCCAAGUAAGUGCCCUCCUUCUGCAGCUCUUUUAUCUGAGAACACACUCUUUGCCAGAGGAGCACCACGGACAUGUGACUGCUUCGAUUGGGCGCUAGCUCCACCCCUCCCCCUUUAUUAUUUAAAUGCCUUUACACCUUUUGCAAUAUAAGUGCAUCACACUAUAUAAUCUAUUUUUUAUUUUAUUUUAUUUUAUUUAUUUUUUUCAACCUUUUCUAAUCAACAAAUAAAUAAUCUAUUCUUAGAUUUCAAACUAUUUUGAGUGUGGUGUUAUUAGUUUAUAAUAUAACUUCUGUUUUAGCUGUAUUUGAAGAACAGUCUUGACGUCAGGUACUGGGCAAGCCAGCUAAGUGCCAUACUGUUUAGAAAUGUUGACUACUUUGUGGGAUAUAGUUAAGAGGCUCCUCGUACCAUUACCACUAGUGACGUAACUUAAGUUAUAACAUUAAUAACAUUGUUCCUCACAAUUAGACACAUGCAUACCCAGCUGAUGAACUGAUGCCUUUGACGUGUCGAGGAAGAAUACGUGGCCAAGAACCAAGCAGGGGUGAUGUGGAUGAUGCAUUGGGAAAGUAAGCCUGUGAUCGUCUUAAGUUUAUUUUGUCUGUUUGCAAAUGUUCUGUUUUAUUUACUUUAAAUAUGUCUCUUCCAAUGGCACAAAACUUUGUGUUUGGUCACUAAGCUUAAAUAACCAUCAAGUUUUAUAAAAGAUUUUGUGCAUGGUGUUUUCUCCUAGAACAUACCUUUUUUCCAGAGCUGUUUGCUUAUGGUAAGCCAAGUCUUAACAACCAACAGACCGUACUUUAUUUGCUUCAGAAAAAUUUCCAUUGCUUUUCUGUUGUAGAGAAAAGAAGGGCCUGAUACUCUUCUACAGUAAGCUUAUUUUGACUUUAAAAAAAAUAACAAAAUGAUAGGAUAAAUAAUUUAUUGAGCUAACUUUUAAAUACUUAGCCAUAUUAUCGUAAAAGGGGCAGGCAACUUUGAGCACUCCAAAUGUUGUGGACUACAUUUAUACUGAUGCUUUGCCAGCAUUAUGGGUGUAAGCGCAUUAUGGAAGAUGUAGCCCCAACAUCUGGAGUGCUGAAGUUGCCUAUCCCUGCCCUAGAAUUUUCUAGGUACACCCAUUAUACUCCAGUUUAACCGUUCUGUCAUCACAUGGCUCUACCCCUAAAAUAAUCUCUGCCUUCUUUUCAGUCAAUACCAUUCCCUUUAGUCUCAUGCAGAAAUUGGAUCUUAAAGCUCAAUGUGGCUUAGUCACAAAAAAAAUCCAACUUCGCUAUUUUGGCCUAAAGUUGGUAACACUAAAAGUAAUGGCAGUGGUGAGACUGAAAGGGAUGUAAGAACAUGUCCCAGUUGCCAUGGUCAUAACCAAUAUGUAAUGCCGUACAACCUACACGACUGCCGGAAGCUAAAUUAUUGUAUAUAUUAAUUGUGAAUAACAAGUUUGCAUUAAAGGGACACGAUACUCACACAAACAAUUUUAGCUUAAUGAAGCAGUUUUUGUGUAUAGAUCAUAUCCCUGCAGUCUCACUGCUCAAUUAUCUGCCAUUUAGGAGUUAACCCCUUAGUGACCAGACCGUUUUUCAAUUUUCUUACCGUUAAGGACCAGGGCUGUGUUUACAUUUCUGCGGUGUUGGUGUUUUGCUGUAAUUUUCUUCUUACUCAUUUACUGUACCCACACAUUAUGUUCUGUUUUUCUCGCCAAUAAAUGGUCUUUCUAAAGAUACCAUUAUUUUCGUCAUAUCAUGAAAUUUACUAUAAGACAAAUUUGUAAAAAUAUGAUGAAUUUUUUUUUUUUUUUUUAAAACUACAACUUUUCUAACUUUAACCCCCAAAAUCUGGUACGCAUAUACAACCGCCAAAAAACACCCGUGCUAAAUAGUUUCAAAAUUUUGUCCGGAGUUUAGAAAUACCCAAUGUUAACAGGUUCUUAGCUUUUUUGGAAAGUUAUGGUGCUUUAAGUACAAGUAGGACAUCGUUGUUUCAAAAUAUAUAUUUUCCAAAUGUAUCAAUAGUGACAUUGUAACACGGUUAUCUGUCGUAAAUCUCUGAAUCUCACCUCACAUGUACAUUUUAUUUAUUUAUUUAUUUUUUAAAGUAGACAGCACAGGGUAUUCAAUAUGGGGUAUGUCCAGUCUUUUUUUUUUAGUAACCACUUAGAAACAAACACUGGCCAAAGUUAGCAUUUAUAUUUGUGUGUGAAAAAUGCAAAAAAAACUAUUAUGAACGCUAACUUUGGCCAGUGUUUGUGACUAAGUGGCUACCAAAAAAGUCUAAACAUUAUCCCAUUUGCAAUACCUUGGGUUUUCUUCUUUUGCAAAUGGUAUGCCAUCAUGGGGGUAAUUCUCAUUCCUGGGCUACCAUAUGCUCGCAAAGGCAACAUAACCAAUCUGGCAAAUUUAAAUGUGAAAAAACAGAAAAUCAAGCCUUAUAUUUGACCCUGUAACUUUCAAAAACACUACAAAAAAUCUGUACAUGGGGGGUACUGUUAUAUUCGGAGACUUUGCUGAACACAAAUAUUAGUGUUUCAUAGCAGUAAAAUGUAUCACAACAAUGAUAUCAUUAGUGAAAGUGCUGUUUGUGUGCAAGAAAAUGCAUUGCUGUGAUAUGUUUUACUGUUUUUAAACACUAAUAUUUGUGCUUAGCGAUGUCUACCGAGUAAAACAGUACCCUCUAUGUACAGGUUUUACGGUGUCAUGGAAAGUUACAGGGUUAAAAAAUGCUAGCAAAUUAAAUUCUCUGGACUUUCGGCCUGGGUUGUCAGUUGUCAAUAAAACAGAAAUUUUACUUACCAUAAAUUAUUUUUUGCUUAAUAUAGUGGCAGUACCUGUAGGUUUGAUGGACAAGAAAACUGUAAAUAAGUAAAUAAAGAUGUUUAAAUAGUCCCUCCUACUUCAACUUAAAAACUUACCCCAGGACCGUCCAUAAAUGAAAAGAAAAGACACAAUAGGCCAUAUCAUGCUAAAUAUAAAUUUAUUAAAAGAGGGAGGGAUUCGUACUGCCACUAUAUUAAGGAAAAAAUAAUUUAAGGUAAGUAAAAUUUUGUUUUUCCUGGCAUAUAGUGGCAGUACCUGUGGGAUAUAACAAGCAACAGCUACAAGGAAAUACAUUUUGAACUAAACAUGAAGACAUUAACAUAUCGAAGGUCCUCAUCUAGAGGUGUAGUUUAGGAAAAUGUUAAAGAUUGUAAUUUCUCUGAAAAUGCAAUGUUUUAAAUUGCCAAGAAAAAAAAAAAACCAGUGUCUCUUUAAAUGGCAAUAUAUCAGAGAUAUUGUUGAACAGAAUGAUGAUGACAUGGAAAGCCCCGCACAAGCAGCCGAGAUUAGGAAAUCCAUCAUGUUCUGCUGGCAAAUAAAGUACCAGACAGCAAGGCAACACUCAGUGGGAUUGCUAAUUUAAUUCCAUUCAGUCUGCACAAAACAGGGAAUUUUGCAGUCCCUUAUCAAUUUGCCCUCCCUCGUUGAACUUUUUUUUUGGGAAGAAAAGGAACUUUAACUCGACUAGCAGUAAACCUUAACAUUUGCUAUGUUAGUCUUGGGGGAGGGGGAGGGGGGGGGGCAAUUUUCAAUAAUUGAGGGAUAUACCUUUUAUAUGGUACGCUGGUUUUAUUUUGUUUUUACUUGGCACUGACCUACUAAAAUACCAUAAAUUUAACCUGACAUGUAUUUGCAGUCACUUCUGUAAGUAAACAUUUAGAUGUACGCAAACAAUGUUGGUUCAAAAUGUUUCUUUUCUUUUUCAUUCCAGAUUUUCUUUGACCUUAAUUGAUACUCUGGAUACUCUAGUGGUAAUUACAAAUGUGUUUUUUUUUUUUGUUUGUUUUUUUGACAUGUCAUAAUUGUGUAAUACUGUAUUAAAGUUCAAAUGAUGCUCUGUUCGUAGUGUGCAUGGAUUUAAGAUUUAACAUUAAGAUUGUUUAUUGUAUGUGAUAUGUGUAGCAUGAUAGGUACUCACAGCAUCUCAGAUACUAGUGUACUAGUUUGCAGUUUAAUUUUUUUUUAUUUAUAUACAAAAACACAAACAGAAAAUCGCCAUCCCCAAUCUACUUACACAUUGUAGCUGCUAAUAAAGGCGAUGUAAGAAUCCACUUCUGUGUUUAGUGGUGUUUUAGUUAAGGACAUAAUCAACUAAACUGGUACAUUUUGUUCCCUGUUCUCUCAUGUAUCAGAAGGCACUGACAACCAUCUUUUGAAAAACAGUUGAUGAAGUCCAGAAUGCCCUAAUAUUCUUGCAUUUUAUAAAAAUUUCUACUCUAUUAGAAAUAGUUUAUUUGCUGCUGUAUCAGCUUUUUACAAGUAUAGUUAACUUAAAGGAUCACUAUAGUCAACAUAUAAAAGCAAAAAAGACAGUUCCCCCAGCCUUCUUUCUUGCUUUUAUAUGAACUUGCCCCAUUAAAAAAAUAAAUCCAAGCACUUUUUAUCAUUAAAACUUACCUCCAUUCCAGCGCCGAGCUCCCCGCCAGGCCACGGCUCCUUUUUCGUAAAAAUUACUAAAUCGUAGGGCUCAAUCAGACGCUUAUCUUUGAGAAGCGUCAUCGCUCCCUGGUGCGCAUGCACGGCUUUGCGCUGCACCAAUCAGGUUCUUCAUAGAGCAGCAUUGAAUGCCGCGCUAUGAAAAAACUGAGCGCUCCACCGCGCAUCUGCGCGGUAUGCGCAUUCGCUAGCUUAGCUGACUUACUUAGCUGUCUAUGCCAGCCCUACUCCUGUGGCCACCCAAAGUAAGUAUGCAAAAUAUACAUAUAUAUAUAUAUAUAUAUAUAUAUAAUGUGUGUGUGUAUAUAUAUAUAUGUGUAUAUGUAUGUCCAGCGUCAAAUAAGAUCCCCAUAGGAAAGCAUUGAGUAAUGUGGAUUUGAAUGCGCGUGCGCCUCUGGCAGCGCAUGCGCAUUCGGCUCCACUCGAGAGCCGAUGUCGGCAGAGGGAGGAGAGGUCACCAGCGCUGAGGGAACUCAGUGCUAAAAUAAGGUAAGUGGCUGAAGGGGCUUUAACCCCUUCAAGCCAGCGGAAGGGGGGGCCCCAUGGGAGGGCGAGACCUAUACGGGUUUGUUUUCCUGGCACUAUAGGAUCCCUUUAAUCCCUAAAAUAUAGCCGCAAAAUUUUUAUUUUUAACCUUGGCGUUCUCCUUUAAAUAUAUAUAUUUAAAAAAAAAUAAAAAAUUAUUAUAUAUUUUUAGGUGUUGAACAAAACCAAGUUGUUCGAAGAAGCUGUUCGAAAAGUAAUCAAUGAUGUAAACUUAGAUAAUGAUAUUGUGGUGUCCGUUUUUGAAACAAACAUCAGAGUAUUGGGGUAAGUACUUAUGAAGCAAGCCUUGAGAAUUGUGUGUAUUGUAACGGUCACUGCUUAUAUAUUUUUAAUUUUUUGUUCUACAAGAGAAAGGAUUAAUGUUUAUACAAUAUUUUCUUUGCAAAUGUUGAGGAUUACAUCAAGGUUAAAAACAAUAAAAUAAAAAUGUUUUCCUAUUAUCUGUGAACAAUGGCAGGCAGAAUAUAUUUUGAAUAUUUGUGCACCCCCCACUAGCAGCUAGGGCAUUUUGCUUAGCUCAUACCUGACUUAGUAUCAUGUAUGGUUAGCACACACAGCUGUUUAAUUAAAAUUUAGGAAAUAACAGUUAUUAGUUCUGAAAAAUGGGAGAUAUUUUCAUUGUGGAAACCAUUUUAGAUUCAAGUAUGUGUUUUGUGCACAGAGAAGGUUUUCAUGGAUUUUUGUAGCUAGGUCUACAGAUCUACCCAGCUGCACAUUAUCAUACAUUUCAUUACUCUACCCUGUAAUAUACUUGUCAUUGUGGGCGGACACUGAUGUUCUGUAUUGGUGUUCUUUUUCAAAUAUUCUGGUUUAUUGACGAAAUUCAAAGCUUGGACUUUGUAACACUUUAAUCUCUAGAUUAUUAGCACCCUGCAAAAGCUAUUCAAAUUCACUAUCUUCUAAAGUAGGGCAUGUUAGACAGAUGUAAAUCUCUGCAUAUUAGACAGAAAGACUUUAAAAAAAAAAAAAAAAAGAUCCUCUUGUUAAAUUGGCUCUGUUAUUCUCUGGGGUCUUAAUGCUAUUGUACACGCUACGGAAUUUGUUGGCGCUUUUAUCAAUAAUUAUAAUAACAUUUAUCCCAGUAUCUACUUUGUCUCGGAAUAUCUUUUGACUGGGUUGAAAUGUCAGUGAAUUUCCACACAGUCAUUCUGAAAUCUUUACGAAAUACUCAUUCUUGAAGAGGAGAUGGCAGAGCCGCUUUAAUCAGAAUUGUAUAUUUUCUGCCUUAGCUAAAUUAGAUGCCAUUUAAACUGGAGUAAAAUAAAUUGUUGCAGACCCGAUAAGUCUGAAUUCUUUUUUCAAAAGUGGAAUAACCUACAGAAAUAUGCUAUUGGUUUCUGUGGUGAUUUUUGUCUCAUUUUUCUAUUGCAUUGACAUUUCAAGAGAACCAAGGGUUCACCUUGUGUACACCCCCUUUUUUUUUCUCAUCAGAACAAUCUAGAUUUUAAGGUUAGAAAUUCCAGAAAUUAUAAACAUUAUUUCAUUGUUCUAGCAUUAGCUUUUUGGUCGUAGCUAAAUGCAUUCUUAAAAAAAUAAAAUAAAAAAAAUUGCACAAAGACCAGUUUUAAGUCCGUAGGUGAGAGUCUGUUUAAGCUAUGUAAAGCUACCUUGUUUAUUUUAGUUGAAGUUUAAACACUGAAGAAAUUCUUACUUUUACCACGAGUCCUAGUCUGAUCAUUAGAAUAGUUAAUUAAGGGAAACCCAGACCAACAGAAUAGAAUCUGCUAAACACUAGGCUAAAUUUGUCAUAUUUAAUCCUUGCACCUAGGGGGAUUACACAGAUCAUGAGUAGAAUUUUACUAGAAAUAUAUUUUUAUAAAUGUUAAUAGUUUGUGGUCUUUCAUGUUUUGAAAUGACUGUAUAGGCAGCUGAAAAUUUUACAUUUGUUUUUGUUAAAAAAUUAAUCUGAAUCGUUAACACUUCAAAAGUCAUUUUAUGCAAAAUAACCACCUGCUCGGUUCUGAGAUUUGUAUGGACUCAUAAUACAGAAAGUACAGAAAGCUUUCUGAAGCGUGAAAAAAUACUUGUCUUUGCGUAAACCCCGGGACAGUCUUUUGAAACAACCUGUGUACAAGCUUUUACUCUUCCUUAUAGAUACCGAAGGGGGAAAAGUAACGUAUUUGUUAUCUAUUGCUAAAGAGAGACUCUGUAAAAAAACAUUACUUCAUUUUAAUUUUACAACCUAUUUAGAUUUUAGAGUAAUGGGCGCUGUAAGUGGAAUGACACUGAUAACUAUAGCCACAUUCAGGCUCUUUUUCAGCAAAUAGCUGUCAUUUCCCUGCUUCCAGUAGUCCAUGAACAUUGAUAUAAUUGCACUUAUCAUUGGUAACUAUAUUUUAUUAUUAAUAAUAUUGGAAGUAAUUAGCUUUUCCACUUGUAGCAUACUACCGCUCCUCCCUUUACUUAAUUUAUUAAUUUUUUUUUGGGGAACAUUUGUCCAUUUUUAAUUAUGAUAGAAUACAUCAAUCUAUGUCUCAGGGUUCCUUCAUGUGAUUAAUAGCAUUUAAUAUAACACUUGUGCUUAAACCCCUAGUGGUCUCCUUGGAGGGCAUUCACUUGCCAUAAUGCUGAAAGAAAGUGGUGAGCGAAUGGAUUGGUACAAUGAUGAACUGUUACAUAUGGCUAAGGAGCUCGGCUACAAACUUCUCCCCGCAUUCAACACAACUAGUGGCCUCCCCUAUCCAAGAGUAUGUUGAAGUGUCCAAUGAAUUAUCCUUGUCUUAAACCAGUUAUGGUUUACCAUGCUUACUAGGCAUUAAAUGGUUUUUCUAAAUAUUACUUGAAAUCUUGUUCAAUUGGUUUUUGAUGCCAAUGAUCCUUUGCCAAUUGGUACAUGCUUUUUUGGAAAUAGCACAAUAAAUGAUAUUCCUCCUUUGUUUUAACCAAUAAGUGUUGCUUGUUUAGUAAGGGAUAUAUUGGUGUUCAUUGUAAAUGUGUAUCCAUGGCCAUUAGAAGUCCAACUCUUUCAUUGCUAGGUCACGGAUUCUAAGACUGUCUUGUCGUCUUAAAGGGAAACUGUCAUUUUUCCAGGAUUUUUAAUAUUCGGUUUAUGUAUUCCUAUAGUCAACAAAUAUGUUAACUAUAACUAAAAUAUCUUUAUAAAAUGUAAUUUAAAUGGAGAAAUUCACAUCUUUUAUCCUGCAACCCGACCCUUCCAUCUUAGUUCCCUGUCAAUCUUUUAUACGCACUAUCUAUUGUAACUGGCAGUCAGCAUUCUAGAGGGGAGAUGUAACAAUGUUUCUAUUUCCCCUCUUCAUUUGUAAUAUAUGCCCUGGCUUUCUUUGCUUUGUUUGAACUGGAUUAUGAUGUAGUUUGCUUAAUCUUUAUAAUACAUAUUAAAGUAAACCGAGUCUAAUAAGAACAAAAUAGGUUAACACAUUUUACAAGUCAUUUUCAGUGUUUUAACCCCUUAAGGACCAAACUUCUGGAAUAAAAGGGAAUCAUGACAUGUCACACAUGUCAUGUGUCCUUAAGGGGUUAAUCAAUGGUGUAAAUUCAGAGAAGUGACAGUUGCCUUUUAAGAAUAUGUGCCUAUUAAAGCAAUACUCCAAACACCAUAAGCAUUUUUUUUCAUUAAAAAAAAUAUGCAGUUUUCAAUAGAAAUUUGCACUUUUAUAAAUUAGUUAGCAUUAUGCAGUUUUAUAGCCUUUUGUGAAUAAUCAAACACUUAUUCAUCACCCCAGACCUUGAAUACUGUAGCAAAGCAGUUUCGUGGGUGAGGUCAUUUUUUUUUUUUUCGUGAUUGACUCGUGAUUGUUUUAUUUCUGUACAUACAAUAUAAAAAUGCCACUUUUUAGAUUUAUGAAGAACUUACCCCUUAAACUGUGUGAUUUUUCAUCUAUGUUUAGAUUUAUGUAGUGUAUAAACAAAGCCAACCUGGUUAAUGGGAACUACAGUACAUAUGUCAAAGUUUUCACUACUUUAGAAUCAGUCUUCCUUUUUUAUGUUUUCUGUUCUUUAAAGGGAUAUUAUAGUCACCAGAACUACAGCUUAUUGAAUUUGUUCUGGUGAGUAGAAUCAUUACCUUCAGGCUUUUUGCUGUAAACACUGCCUUUUCAGAGAAAAUGCAGUGUUUAUAUUACAUCCUAGUGAUAAAUUCACUCUUAGAUGGCUGUUAGAAAUCCUUCCUGGGUCAAGGCCACCUAAAAUGCAUCCAAACAUUCAGUGUCUCCACCCUCUGCAUGCAGAAACUGAACUUUCCUCAUAGAGAUUCAUUGAUUCAAUUCAUCUCUGUGAGGAGAUGCUGAUUGGCCAGGGCUGUGUUUGAAUUGUGCUGGCUCUGCCCCUGAUUUGCCUCUUUGACAGUCCCUGUCAAUCCUAUGGGGAAGCAUUGUGAUUGGAUCAGGCCACCACUUCUGAUGAGGUCAGAGGAAGUUCACAGGCAGAGGCAGCUGCUUCAGACUUGAAUACAAGUAAGAUUGUACUAUCUUUAGGGAGGGAAAGGGGUUAGAUAGUGGUUUUAACACUAUAGGGUCAGGAAUACAUGUUUGUGUUCCUGACCCUAUAGUGCUCCUUUAACCUUCUACCUUAAUGUGUUAAAUAUACAUAAUUGCAUAAUCUAAUCUUUUAUAUAACAUUUAAUUCAGGUUAACUUAAAGUUUGGGAUCAGACGUCCAGAAGCCCGCACAGGAACGGAGACAGAUACGUGCACAGCUUGUGCGGGGACCUUAAUCUUAGAAUUUGCUGCUCUUAGCCGAUUUACAGGGAUAUCAAUAUUUGAGGUUGGUGAAAAAUGUAUUUCUGUGCCAUCUAAGUAAAGGUUUUUCAUACAUUCCUAUACUGAUUGUGUUACAUUAUAAACUUAGUAAUGCCUUCAUUAUGUUAUGUACCAUGCUUGCCAGAAAUCUACUCCUGGUCAGUGACUAGAAAAUUCACAGAUAUAUAUAUUAACUAUUAGCAGCUUCUUUGUGUGCUGCAAAAUACAGAUUUCUUGACUAAAACGUUCAAGUAAACCAAAUAUUUACAUAAAUAUUUUCUUAUUUAAAGGGUUACCCAAGCACCAUAACCACUUCAAUGACUAGCGAAUGAUUCCCCUAUGAAGCUGUCGGAGGUGAACUUACACCUCCAGCAGUAGUGAAGUUAAACGCCAAGUGUGCAUCCUUUCAAAAUGAAACACUGACAAAGUCUCCAGACACCGUGACCACUUCCAAUCACUGAAGUGGUCCUGAUGCUUGGAGACUUUGUCAGCGUUUCAUUUUGAAAGGACUUUAGGCUAGCUAAAGUUAAUUCUAUGCAUACUCCUAUGGUCAGCUGACGCUCUCAGCCAAUGAAUGGAGACUGGAUUGGCGUCUGACUUCUGAAGCUUAGCAGAAGCUGGAAGCAUAUCAGCGGGCUGUAGUGGUUAUAAUUCUUGGAGAAACUCUUUAAGAGGCUUUCGAAUUAAAGCAUUGCUGUUCAUGUAAAGCAAGAAGCAUGCCUAAUCGCUAAAAGCAACCCAAAUGGGCUUUGUCCUAUGUCAAAUACUAGUAGUUUAUAUGUAUUGCUCGACUCCUUUUGGCUUAUGGCAAAGUUAUUUAGUGGAUGCUAUAAAUUGUAAUAUUUUUUAGCCUUCAUUUGUUUAACAAAAGGGAAAUAUAUGUGAAUUUAAAGGGACACUCCAGGCACCCAGACCACUUCUGCCUAUUGGAGUGGUCUGGGUGCCAACUCCCACUACCCUUAACCCUGCAAGUGUAAUUAUUGCAGUUUUUUAUAGUUUUUUUUUUAUAGUGGCUGUCUACUAGAAAACCUGUGCUAGACCGUCGCUGGACGUCCUCACGCUGUGUGAGGACCUCCAGCGUCGCUCAAUUCCCCAUAGGAAAGCAUUGAAAAGAAUUUUCAAUGCUUUCCUAUGGGGAGCUCUAAUGCACAUGCGCAUCAGGUCUCCCCGGCCGGUGGGCGGGAUCAGUCUCGCCCACCGGCCGACGUAAAGACUGGGAGGAGCUGCGGCGAGAAGGAUGGGGGGUGGGAGGGAGAGGGGACCUGCAGUGCCAGGAAAACGGAUUUUGUUCCUGGCACUGGAGUUUCCCUUUAAGAAAGUCAAUAUACUAUUCUACUUUUCAGUCUAAGGACCAUAGCCACUACCUGCUAUUGUAGUGAUUAUGGUGCUAGUGCCCUUUUAACAGACUAUGUAAAUUUGGAUAUAGCUGAAUAUUAGCUCAAAGCCUUUCAGAGUGGUUAUGGUGGCACCUGGACUCUCCUGCCCCAAUAACAUCUAAAAUGUUUGAAUCACUGUUAAUAUCAUUCUUUAUUGCAGGAGUAUGCACGAAAGGCCCUAGAUUUUCUAUGGGAGAAACGUCAGCGCAGUAGUAAUUUGGUUGGUGUAACGAUAAAUAUCCAUACCGGAGACUGGGUACGCAAAGGUAUGCAUUGAGUCUGGAAGAGUGCUCAUUCCUAGUCUACAAACAUAAUGAUUGUGUGUGUACACCAGGCAUACAAAAGUAAGUUCAGAUGCCUAGUUGCCAGACGUCCCAUUUUUGCAUGGAUAGUACACUUCUGAACUGAAAUCCGCUCAGUAUUUCACUUUGCCAUGUUGUUAGAGAGACACUGCUCUCUGUCAUGCCAAAGGUUAUCUGUGUGUAUCUUUGGGAUGCUACAAAUAUUUAUAUCUUUUCAUUGGUUAUAUGAAAGGGUGCCUUUAUCCUGUCCCUUCCCAGAGGGAUAGAUGAACUAUGGGAGGGAUGUGGCUGUGGGGACAUAAAGCAUGGGACAGGAUAUGGCUGUGGAGACUUGUACAGGGGGUGAACUAACUUUUCCAACCCAAAAAGCACCACACAACACUCAAAGCGUACAGAGCUUUGAAAACUAUGGGUAGUCUUAGAAAACACUCUCUUAAAAUGCUUAUUUGGGUCUUAAUUGCAAAGUGUCCCUACAUUUUUGGCAACUAUUGUAGUCUACAUAUAUUCCUCCGCCACUCCCUCUCCAGUCACUUCUGGACCUUGUUUUGGAGAAAUGCACACAUUGAUCCUUGCAAGCUGUGAAGGGGGAAGAGAAAGAGUGUGGCAUAAUUUACUGUUCCUCUGUUUGAAUUAGCAGUGGUGAAGGUAAGAGAGUUGACUGUAAUAUUUAACAUAUUUAUAAUCGUGAUAUAAAAGAAACCCAUUACCUUGCAUAAAUGCUGUUGGUUUAUGAAGGGGUUAAGGAAAACAAAUGUAUUGAAUAUGUGACUGGUAAAUUCUAUUACUUGCUUUGGGAAUUUAUGUUAAAAAAAGAAAGAAAUGUUGGAAAUGACGUGGUACUUAGUAACUUGAGCAUAUAUGCUUUGAAAUGUGUUCUCUCCCAGAAUUACGAGGAGAACAAUCUAAAUAUGAAAAAUGUGUUUAGAAAUGUUUGUGUCUCUCUCUUCAAGACAGUGGUGUGGGCGCAGGGAUUGAUUCAUAUUAUGAGUAUUUAUUGAAGGCCUACGUACUGCUUGGAGAUGACAACUACCUUAAAAGAUUUAACACGGUAGGCUUUUUUAUUUUUUAUUUUUUUUAAUAAACACUUUUUGUUUGCACAAAUAAACUAAAUUAAAAAAAACAAAACAAUCGUUAACAUAAAAAAAUUGGCAUCCAAAAAUCUGUUUUGAUCUAUUUGUAAUAUGUCUACUUUUCCUGUGUACAGCAUUAUGACGCCAUCAUGCGCUAUAUCAGUCAGCCUCCUCUAUUGCUCGAUGUACAUAUUCACAAACCAAUGCUGACAGCCCGAACCUGGAUGGAUUCCCUCCUUGCAUUUUUCCCAGGACUUCAGGUGAGAAUCUGCACAACCUGUGUGGUUCAUAUAUUAAAUAUCUAAUUGUAGUGAAUUUUAAACGUAAUCGCAAUAAUAUCCAAAUACAUAGCUGAGUUGGCGAUUAUUCCCCUCUUCCCAUUUUUAGCUCACCCACAUUUUGUACAUGAUUUUUUUAGCUCACUGCACUUUUUUUGUUUAGUGAAUAAACCUGGUUGAUUAAAAUGCAUUUGCCGCAGGAAACUAAACUGUGCUUUAAAGAAAGGCCAUUUUAAUUUCUGUAAAGCAAACUCACAGGAAGUCCUUUUAUUUUAAGUAAACGUUAAAGUUUACCUCACAUGCCAUUGACAUAAGAUUCCGUUUAGAUAAAUGCUGCCUACCCAGAUUGCACCACUUGUGUCCCCAAUCUGCAUUGCUUGCAUUACGUUCCACCUGUUCAUGGAACGGAGAGAACAUUUCAGCAAAGGAUUGUCAUUCUAAUCUUUGUUUGCCUAGUACACUGCAUUGCUUCAUUGACAUUAUGGGACCAGUUCCAAUGUAAUCAUAAUGCUUAAAAUACUGCGAUUUCAUCUAGAACCAAGCUGCUGCUGAUGGGCAUUAGAUACGGGUAUGUAGAUCUCAUACCCAACCAACCAAUCUAUAACAUCACUCUUACUUGCAACCUUACCUUAUAUAAUCUGGAUGGAGGCAUCAGUUCACCCACAUCAUCCUGCAAGAAACUGCUCAUCAUAUUUUGAUUUCUUAUUUAAGGAUUACCCCAGGGACUCUCAUCAUGGAGAGCAAUGAGUUGUCUUCUAUAAGGGGAUACUAUGGCAGAUUUAACUUUUUUUUUUUUUUUUUCAUCUUCUUCUAAAAGACAUAAUCAUAUUUUAAUCAACGUUAAAACAGAGCUUUGUAUCGUUUCAAUAUUUCUUACUUUAGUUAGUACACUCUAUCUGCCUACUGAUGUAAUGUCUUACAUCUCACUGUUGCUUUUAUCCUGCUGCAUAAUAGGUCUUAAAGGGAGACAUAAGACCUGCGAUAGAGACCCAUGAAAUGUUGUACCAGGUGAUCAAAAAGCACAAUUUUCUCCCAGAGGUAAGUGGCUGUGUUUCCAUUUGUUUGAGUGGUUUUCCUACAUGUUAGGUAAACAUGUUAAGCUGUACAUUGGCAAUAAAAGUGCAAUACAAUAGAUUAUUUUUGUAUCAAAGUGAAAAGGAGUAUAGUCUGCAUUCAUAGGCACACUUUAAAGCGGCCUAUGUAUAUUUUGCAUACCACCCCAAAUGUGAAUGCUCCACUUGCUGUGGCCUGGAGGUGUAGCUGAUGUUGCCAUCUUCUUCCGAGAUGUACUUUUGUACUCCUGAUGCUUCAUCUGCCAGAAGUUGAUGUCUGUGAUGUGCUGCGAGAAAAGAGUCUAUGGAAGCUCCUGCAAGGCCGCGGGAUCCUCAAUAUACAGAAUCUUUUUACACUGAUCUGUCACUAGUAUGACAAAGCUUGAUGUCGGUAGCUGGGCUUUUUUGACAAGCUUUGUCAAACAUAGGAAAAAUACUCUAUCUUUUGAUAGAGUUGAAAUUUUUGUGAAAUAUCCAACACCGUUUUAAUGAGCAUUCCAUGAAUAUUAAAUCUUUAUGAAAUGCUUGAUUGUUUGUGGGGGGAGGAGAGGGGACAGGGGGUCAGAGUCACUUUAGUGAAGGGUGAGCAACUUGUUCCAUUACUGCUGCUAAGGACUACAUUAGAGCAUCUUAUAAAGGUGUGUCAGGGGCUACAUAAUCGCAGACCAGUCAGAGUGCCCAUGGUGGCCUCCUGUCCACCACUAAAAACACCUUCACUGGUGGUGUGAGUGUCAAUGGAUCACAGCAUUUGAACAAGGUUGCCUGGUCUGAUGAAUUACUUUUUCUUUUAGAUCAAGUGGAUGGCAGGAUAGCCGGCUCAGCUAUGGGAAGGAGGUAGGGCAGCAGAAACAGUGCUAUGCUCUGGGCAAUGUUGGGAAACCUUGGGUCCUGGCAUUCAUUGUUGGUGGUACAUGUUACUUUGAUAUAUACCAACAACCUAGAGAUUGUUGCAGACCAUUUACACCCCUUCGGGCCAGCGGGGGGUGAUCCCGGCCCACAAGUCGAUCUCCGGGGACUCGGGGCAGAAGGUCCACACAUGGCGGAGCCCUUUCCCACGUGGAGCUAAGAUGGCCGCGGCACACUCAAGUCACGCGGGGUCGCCAGGGCCCACUGAGGUGACGGAUCCCACAGACAGACCCCUCCGAGCGGUAGAAUGGUCGGCGUGGAGCCGGUCCUAACCCCUGGAUUUGCUGGUGGUCCAGGGAGACCUACACCCAACUCUGUGAGUCCUAUGGCGUCGGGGUAGGCUGGGGGACAAACACUGGCGACAUGCAAGAGGCCGGAGAAAGGUGAGGCCUACCGGGGCUGGAGCUCCAAGGGGGAACUGCAGGUGUUGGGGAGGUGCAGGGGACGGGGGGCCCGAGGACUUUUCGGGGAGGAGGGAGGGAGUCUACCGGACUACUGAUGUCUCUGAGUGCCCACAGCACUGUAGGACCCUAGGACGGCCGGCCGGAGCAGGCUUGGAAGGGAACAGAGGGGAUUGGUUGCACCGGGGGAGCUGGAGAGACCCUGCAAUAAACGACCAGCUUGGCAUAAAGAUGCACCCUUGGCAUAAGCCUGCAUGAGGCCACGUAGAGGGAAGCCCGUUCAGAUACCUUACAGGAGGCCAUUAACCCCACGCUGGACAUUUCUUCUCACCAGGCAUUACAACACCAUCUCCAGUGGAGAGACUCACAUAUUAUUGUUUCACAGAUCCAGAUCAGGAUAUACCUUGUUGCUGCAAUAAUUAUUUCUAAUAUCGACACUUAAUUCAUGGCAUGCCUAUUUCACAAUUAACUAGACGCUGCUAUAAUGUUAAAGAUAUGAUUUAUCAUUGCUUCGCGAUGCCUGACUAAUAUACUAUUUCUGCCAUAUAUGUUUACCGCACCAUACAUUUAGGCGGUUAUUUGAGCCUAACGAAGCCCUUCAUGCUGAACAUGGACAGUGCUUAGUAUUAGCAUUUGUUUGCUUCUAUAUUCUUUCACCAGUAGAUUCUAAACAUGUUAUGCAUUAUUGGAUUGUUUUUGCAUAUAUCUAUUUUUAAUUCUGUUUAAAACUGAAUGUGAGGUUAAUGUCACAGUGCUUCAAAGGGCUAAAGUACACUGUCAUAGAUUGUUGCCUACUCAAUAGAUACAGACCGGAUACAUAUCACGAUAAACAUUUUCACAUGGGUACCCGACUGAAUGGACGCAAUGCCUACUGAUACGAGGACUCUUAAUCACGCCCAGAUUACAUAAGGCCGCGCUCACACCGCAUGCUAGGCACACUAGGAAUACCUACGUGAACUUAACAUAAGACAUAGGCACAUGGCCACACAGGCUGAACUAAACCUUAUUUUUUCCUGAGAAUAUGUAGCUUGACCCAUGAUAUACACGUGCGCUUGUGUGUAAUACUCGCAUCGAUUUCAUGUAUAUACAUUGACAAACCAGCCCAGGCAUACACAGCACUUUUAAAUGUAAUUAACCUGAAUUAUACAUUUUGUCAGGCAUAGCUGUACACACGCGACAAUAACACCAGUGCACGGCACUAUGAUGCCCAAUCAACGCCUUUGACAUAUCUAACUUUGUGAAGCCCGUGCAAACUUGAUUACGAUCAUUGCGUGAUCACUCCGACUGUUAUGCCUCUGCACAGGCAACCAUAUGUUACUUUGAUCAAUCUGUCCGAUGUUAGCCCUCAAGUUAUUUACUCAAUAAGCACGCUGUGUAGGCGAUUAUUUGCUUCAACGAUUAUAUGUUUGAUAUCCGCGUUUAUCUUGAGAUGACAAUAAAAAUAUUUAAAACAAAGAUGGGAAGAAAGAAAAACAAACUUCAAAAACCAUUUAACAGCCGUCGUUUAUAUUGAUUAUAAGGACUCUCUUACAGGGUUAUUCACUAAACUGAGAAUUCAAAGUAAAUUUCAAAUUUAAUGUCAAAUUCUAACUUUAGUAAAUAACCCCUGAUAAUGUCCAGGCAGCAGUAAAGGAAAAUAAUUGUUUAUUAUUUUAUUUUAUUUUCAUGUGUAGCAGUUUUGUGUGCAUCAGUCAUCUUCUGAUUCUUGUUUUUUAUUUUGUUUUUGUUUUUUUUUUAAAUCUGGAUUUUUGGUUUUUCUUUCAAGGCUUUUACAACAGAUUUCAGAGUACACUGGGCUCAGCAUCCAUUAAGACCAGAAUUUGCAGAAAGUACAUAUUUCUUGUAUAAAGUAAGAAACCACCUUGUUUCUAUUCCUUCGUUAUUUAAUAGAAUGUCUUGAGUAUAAAACUACCUUAAAGGAAACAUAACUUUAAUAAUUAACUUUUGUGAAAUGUUGCUCUUUGUCACAAUGGUAUUGGUACUAUGAUAAUCCUUUUCUGUUCAUUAAUGUUACUUGUACACAUGGCCCUUAGAGGUCUUGUAUCACAUCUUAGGGGAUGUUUAAUAAACCAUUUUAAUGUUAGAUACAAUUGAAUUUCAUUGUGCAUGGACAACUAGUGUUCUCUAUACAUUUGUUUUUACCUAUAUUGAAACAUUUACAUCUGCCUAUCUACAUAUUGCAUUUGUGUUUUAUAUAUCUGACAAUCUGCCAAACAUUUUAUUCUUGCACAGGCUACAGGUGAUCCCUACUAUCUGGAGGUUGGAAAAACCCUCAUUGACAAUCUGAAUAAAUAUGCACGAGUGCCGUGUGGCUUUGCCGCAGUUAAAGAUGUGCGCACAGGAAGCCACGAGGAUAGGUUUGUCUUUUUUGAUUCCAUGCUGUAUUCCUGGCACUAUAGCUCAAUCUGCCUCACCCCACCCUCCCUGGUAAAUAAAGGGUUAAAAACCCUUUACUGACCUGAUCCGCCCUCUCCAAAGUUUCUCGAUGAGUAGGUGCUAAUGCGCAUGUGCGGCAAAUGCCGCGCAUUUAUUAGAUCUUGCCAUUGGAAAGCAUUGAAUCAAUAGGAAUUCAUGAUUUCCUAUGGGGGAAAAACUCUGACGCUGGGUGUCCUCAUGCAAAGCGUGAGGACGUCCAGCGUCAGAUACCGGACCAAAGGUCCGUUUUAAUCCAGGAAGCACUCUAGUGGAUUCCUUUUUUGAGAACAGUUACUGUAUCAGGCACUAAUAACGCUUGUGUCAUACCAAUUCUCUUGUUCUACAAGCACUUAAUUUGCUGUUUUCUUCUUAUCCUUUGCAGUUAGUAGGAUGUUAAUACAUUUUGACAGUAAUUAAACCAUUUUCUUACUGACAACUUUAAUUUACGAGGUGGGAAAAAACCCCCCCACAGAAUAAAAUCAUUUUUAUAUGUGUGUACAUUGAUCUGAGAUUUCCAAGCUUAUUGAACAUUUUCAUUUUUUUUUUUUAUUUUGUUUAAAGGAUGGAUUCCUUCUUCCUGGCUGAAAUGUUUAAAUAUCUGUACUUGUUGUUUUCGGAGCGAGAAGACCUUAUCUUUGAUAUAGAGGAUUAUAUUUUUACUACAGAAGCCCACCUCUUACCCCUCUGGCUUUCUACGGCGAAUCAAACCAAGCCUAAGAAAAACACGGUGUGUAUUUGUUAUCAUAGUUCUAAUAGUUGGUGCCAAACUUAUGAUUAAUUAUGUAAUAUUUUUAAUGCUUUUCACAUAUCCACUUCCCUUUCUGUCUGUCACCUUUUAGCAAUGAUAUAUUUGUUUUCUCUCUUAAACCAGCCUGUCAUUCAUCCAAAUUCCAAAUAGGACACAUGAAUGUAUGGCAUUAUGCCCAAGCAUCCAAGUCCUUAAAGAAGAAGACACCUAAUCAUGCUAUAUUAACCUACAACAUUAUGCCAUAAGAUAUCCUUUUGCUCUUAAAGGGACUCUCCAGUGCCAGGAAAACAAUCCAUUUUCCUGGCACUGCAGUUCCCCUCUUCCUCCCACCACCCAUUCCCGGUUGCUGAAGGGGUGAAAACCCAUUUAGUUACUUACCGGAGACCCCCACCGAUUUCCCUCAGCGGUGGUUUCUGCUCGCCGCCGCUCCUCCUCUUCCUUACGUCAGCCGAGACUGAUCCCGCACGCAGGCUGAGGAGACCUAAUGCGCAUGCGCGGCAAUGUUUUCAAUGCUUUCCUAUGGGGAAUUGAGCGACGCUGGAGAUCCUCACACAGUGUGAGGACGUCCAGCAACGCUCUAGCACAGAAAACCUGUACUAUAGACACGGAAGUGCCCUCUAGUGGCUUUCCAGUAGACAGCCACUAGAGGAGGAGUUAACCCUGCAAGGUAAUUAUUGCAGUUUAUAAAAAAACUAAUUACACUUGCAGGGUUAAAGGGUAGUGGGAGUUGGCACCCAGACCACUCCAAUGGGCAGAAGUGGUCUGGGUGCCUACAGUGUCCCUUUAAGGCGCCAAAAUUUCCUUAAAAAGAGUCCAAAAUGAGUAUCAAGUAUAACUUACAUUCAGAUUUCAUAUCUAAUAAUCUCCUUGUACAGCUCAAUGCUGCCUUCCCUACUAAUUAUAGCAUAUUUGUUGACAUUUACCGAUAUGUGUAUAAAGAUUUGCCUUGCAUUGAGAGAAGUGACAGAAGAGGUUUCGCCCCUCCCCAAUAGGUGAAGCAAUGCAUAUUAAAAUGUAUUGUAUUUUGUAUACAUACAAAAUGUUUGAGGAUUUGUUUCAAGACAAUUUCAGGUUUGUAAUAAAAAUAAUUCACAUUCUGCUUUACAAAAUCUCCAAAAUAUGUAGAGUAAAAAGAUGUAUACGAAAAUUGCUUUUGCCAUCGGAGAUAUAAGCCAUGACAUGUCAGGGCUGAUUGAUGCUGUCUAAGCUGGCUUUACAUUCUUGAGCCUGCUCUUUCUCACGAACACUGUUUAUCGAUAUGAAGUGUUACUCUAUGCAUCAAAUCUGAGGUUUGCAAGGCUAUGGAAGCAUCUGUACUCCUAGUGACUCCUGCAUAGCAAUUAUAUUAAGCUCUUGUGAGUUUCUUUCUUGGAAAUCUAUUAUUCACAGUAAGCUCACUGCCCUGUAUUAGGGAUACUACGAUCUUUAAUGACAUUGAGAAAUAUGCCAUUCUCCACUCAACACCAACACAUGCUGGUCUUUCCAGUUCUGAUACCUUCUGGGUUAGUCUACUUCCUCCUCCCUUUGGUAAAUAGCCGUUGACCGUACAAACUAUAAAUUAUGUAAAUUUAAUGACUACUUUAUAUCAUUGGUUUUGCUUCCUUGUAGCACUCUAAGGCUAUUCAUUGUCUUACUCUGCUGCACUGUUUAUCUUAAAGGAAAACAUUACUUUUAUUUUGUAAAAUAAUAUAUUAGAUGUAUUCUCGCCCCUGUGUGUAUAUCUUUGUAUUGUUUCUUUUUAAUUAUAUCUCCUCACGUAGCCUUGCUCUAUGGAUCCAGGUAUCCAAAAUCUUCUUUGGUCAGAAACUCUGAUUAUCUGACUUAAAAUUAAGAUAAUUCAGAAUUUGAUCUUUCACAAAUCCUUACAUCCCCCAUAAGCACUGGGUAUCUCAACAUGCACGCUUUGACUUGAUCAGACAUUCCAAUUAUUCAUAGCAUUAGUAUAUAAAUGGUGCUUCUGUCCUUAGUGGUAGCUGACCCAUGUUACGAGGUAGUGCACAGGAGACGCACUGCAAAGAGUUAACAUCUGUGUCCAGUGUAAAAUAACACAAAAUAAUGCAAUCUUCCGUGUGUUUGGGGUCCAAGGUGUUAUCAGUACGAAUUUAAAAAAAAAAUAAAAAAAAUAUGACUUUCCAUUAAUUGAGAGACCGGUUCUCGCAGCAAUCCAGUGAUGGCUAAGACAAAGAAACACUGUAGUCACAAGACCACUUCAUCUCAAUGUUCUGUUAUUUUAAUCCUGAAAUGUUAAACCAUUGCAGUUUUUCAGUUACUGCGCCGUAUACCAUACUUACACCAUAGGGUUAAAUCCUCUUCCAGGUAAAGUAAAAUUUUUAUCUGGAAAGCAAAUGCUGCUGAUAGCCAGAAGGAAGUGGAAAGAUUUUAUUUUGCAAAAAGAAUAGUUCUGUUCAAAGUAAAGUCUGCAUCAUGGUAAUUUGAUACUAUUUCACGUGUCUGCAGUGCCAAGUGAAAAGAUUUACCAUGUAUAUUAAAGGGAAACUAUAUAGCUUCCCCCUGUGCCCUCCCCCCCCUUCUCUCGCUUACCUGGGUCCAAUGCUAAUGCCAUUUGGCCCUGGCUCUGCUCCUCCCUGCCGACAUCAGCCGGCAUGGGAGACCUAAUGCCCAUGCGUGGCAAUGGCCAUGUUUGCAAUAGGAUUUCCCCAUAGGAAAGCAUUAUUCAGUGCUUUCAUAUGGGGAUUCCGGUGACGCUGAAAGUCCUCAUGCAAAGUCGCCUUAGUGCCCGGAAGUCCCUCUGGUGGCUAUCUGGUAGACAGCUACUACAGGAGGAGUUAACCCUAGCAGGUAAUUAUUGCUGUUUAUAAAACCUGCAAUCGUUACAUGCUCAGGGUUAAGGGUGAUAGAACAUUGCAUUAAGACCACUUCAAUGAGCUGAAGUGGCCUGGGUGCCUACAGUGUCCCUUUAAUUGUGUAGCACAGCUUUUCAUAGUUGUCUUGUUUUAGGAAUAUGUGUGUGUUGACCAUGCAUUGUUUUUCCAAAUAAUGUAAAUGAUGGAAUGUAAGGAAGAUUUAGGAUCUUUAGUUCUCAGGGAUUGCUUGUAAUAAAUGUAUGCUUUGUAUGCUUACUCCAACUUUUCCACAUCGGAUGACUGCAUGUAAAAAUAUUUAUUUCUUAUGGUAUAUGUGUAUUAAAAAGAUUCAAUUUAUUUCAACAUAAUAAUGAAAUUCUUGCAACUACCGUUACCCUUUUAACAUUGUCUCUGCAGACAACUCAGUACACAGAGUUGGAUGAUAGCAACUUUGAUUGGUCGUGCCCAAAUACGCAGAUUCUUUUUCGAAAUGACCCAAUGUAUGCACAGAGCAUUCGCGAACCCUUAAAAAAUGUGGUUGAUAAGACUUGCCCACGAAGUUCAUCAAGAGUGUAAGUGACCAAGUUUUAAAUACAUUUUAUAUGUGUGAAAAAUAUUUAGAUUUUAUUCUGUGUACAAUUUGCAGAACAAAUUUUUAGGGUUUUUUGGGGCUAUAAAGCGGUGACACUACCUACCAAUUUGUGGAUUUUUUUUUUUCCUUACACAAAUUGUGAACUUUUUUCUUUUGUAUUGGGUGGGGAUUUAUGAGCUAUUUUUUUUUAUUUUUUUUUUAUUUAUUUAUUUUUUUGUCCGGUAAAAAAGGCCAGCCAGGAUUUUGGAUAUAUGCACAACAAGCAUGUCAAACUUGCGGCCCACAAUGGAUAUAUUUGCGGCCCACCUGCCUUGGGGCCACUUUGUGUUGUGGCUGCUACCAGCUGCAAAACCGGAAAGAUAUUUCCUGUCUGAUUCUUGUCUUUUCUCCCACGGCCAUGCUCUCGAAGGCCAGCCACUACCCUUCCCUCCUGCUUACAGUGCCAGAGGAACAUCUGGCCUGCUUGAGCAGAUCUCAUCUUAAGGUAGGGGAAGAGGGACUUGGAGGACUGCAUGGAGGCACUGAACACUCCCCAUGGAGAUGCUGAUUGGCCGCGCAGCUUUUUGCCACACAUGCACAAUAGCCUCCCAAUGCUUUCCUAUGGAAAAGCAUUGGAUUGGCUGAUAUCUUCAAGUUUGAUCUCAGCCAAAGUGGAGAACACAGUCCUAGGACUUCAAAAUCAAAAAGAUAACUCAAUUUGUUUUUUACAGCUAUGCAACAGCAUACAUUCACCAUUUUUUAGUCUUAUUACCAAACUUUUCUUUAUAUGUCAAGGUAGUUGGACUGAAACAUUGGUUAUAUGCAAAUGCGCGUCUUAUAUGCAAAUUUGCUCUUUUGUUUACUUUGAAGCCCUACGAGUAUGAGGACGUCCAGUGUCAGGCAGCAUUUUUAUACUGUACUUUUCUAAAUAAACCUGCGUUUCUAUGAAAACUGAACUUUUAGUUUUUUUGCGGCCCACAUCAGCUUAAACCUUGUUUAUUUAGACCGUGUUUGUCUUUGAGUUUGACAUAUUUGAUGUACAAGAACAAUAUCAUUACGACGUCACUUGAUAUAAUACAUGCAUCUAAUUAAAAAUAUUAUUUGUUUUUUUGGAAGGGAUGAGACCUCUGGGGGUGGGAACAGGCCGCCACUUCGUGCCAGAGAUUUUAUGGCAAGUAAUCCAGAACAUUUGGACAUCCUGAAGAAAAUGGGAGUGAGUCUCAUUCACCUUAAAGAUGGACGGGUCCAGCUGGUUCAACAUGCCAACCAGGUAAGAGAACUCCUCUGUCUACAGGACUAUGCUUUAAUCUUGGUAAUGUGUCCUUACAUUUAAGGUGAGGAUAUCCUUUGCGUAAUAUUAACACAAAAUCACCUUUCAGGUUUUGUUUGUUUGUUUUUUUUAUUUAAAAAUUAGUUGAUCCUCAUGUGCAAAUAUCUGCUUGCUCGUGCAUCUUAUUCCCAAUUAAAUAGACUGUAGCUUCUUUGGACUUGUCACCAGUGGGGUACCUCAGGGAUCUGUACUUGGACCCAUUCUCUUUAAUAUUUUUAUUAGUGAUAUUGCAGAAGGUCUUGAUGGUAAGGUAUGUCUUUUUGCUGAUGAUACUAAGAUAUGUAACAGGGUUGAUGUUCCAGGAGGGAUAAGCCAAAUGACAAAUGAUUUAGGUAAAGUAGAAAAAUGGUCAGAAUUGUGGCAACUGACAUUUAAUGUGGAUAAGUGCAAGAUAAUGCAUCUUGGACGUAAAAACCCAAGGGCAGAGUACAGAAUAUUUGAUAGAGUCCUAACCUCAACAUAUGAGGAAAGGGAUUUAGGGGUGAUUAUUUCUGAUGACUUAAAGGUAGGCAGACAAUGUAAUAGAGCAGCAGGAAAUGCUAGCAGAAUGCUUGGUUGUAUAGGGAGAGGUAUUAGCAGUAGAAAGAGGGAAGUGCUCAUGCCAUUGUACAGAACACUGGUGAGACCUCACUUGGAGUAUUGUACACAGUACUGGAGACCGUAUCUUCAGAAGGAUAUUGAUACCUUAGAGAGGGUUCAGAGAAGGGCUACUAAACUGGUUCAUGGAUUGCGGGAUAAAACUUACCAGGAAAGGUUAAAGGAUCUUAACAUGUAUAGCUUGGAGGAAAGACGAGACAGGGGGGAUAUGAUAGAAACAUUUAAAUAUAUAAAGGGAAUCAACACAGUAAAGGAGGAGACUAUAUUUAAAAGAAGAAAAACUACCACAACAAGAGGACAUAGUCUUAAAUUAGAGGGACAAAGGUUUAAAAAUAAUAUCAGGAAGUAUUACUUUACUGAGAGGGUAGUGGAUGCAUGGAAUAGCCUUCCAGCUGAAGUGGUAGAGGUUAACACAGUAAAGGAGUUUAAGCAUGCGUGGGAUAGGCAUAAGGCUAUCCUAACUAUAAGAUAGGGCUAGGGACUAAUGAAAGUAUUUAGAAAAUUGGGCAGACUAGAUGGGCCGAAUGGUUCUUAUCUGCUGUCACAUUCUAUGUUUCUAUGUUUAGUUAUAAAUUUUAUGUGCCUGCUGUUUCUGAAAACCAAAAUGAAAAGGACAAUAUUAUGAACCCCAGUAAUAUGUGUACACCACUGCUUGCGUGACUUGUUGCAGUUUUAGGAAUGGAGAGGAACUUGUGUGAAAUGCUGGAGGCAAAUUUGCUUGACUGAAGCUAUAAAAAAGCACUUUGAAAUGUUCUGCAGGCUGCAAGUUCUGUGGAUGCAGAGGACGGUUUGCGUUUUAUGCAGGAAAUGAUUGAAUUGUCCAGCCAGCAACAGAAAGAGCAACAACUGCCUCCACGUGCUGUCCAAAUAGUUUCCCACCCAUUUUACGGAAGAGUGGUAUUGACUGCUGGGCCUGCCCAGUUUGGAAUGGACCUUUCCAAGAAUGUAGCAGGGGUAUGUUGGCUUAAUGACAUGAAACAUUUUAUACCUUUUUAUCUAUGUAAUUUCUUUACUAAACCAAAUAGUGACGUGGUAUUUAAAAGGUUUUGGCCAGUUAAACAGACACAUGCUCAAAUGCUGCAGCUUUUCCAGCUGUACUAUUUGGGCUUGGCUUUGCAGUUCCAUUGUCUGUUCUUAGCAAUUCCUGGUUUAGUAAAUGAAUCCUUUAAGGUUUUUGUAACAUAUAUCUUAGUGUAGUGAUGAUAUUGUUGGCUAUUUUCUUCUUCUGACCCUAUAGGACAAAAACUGCCUAUAAUGUUUUAAAAUCAGAGUUAAUAACUUUCUACUUCCUGGGCAUAGUGACCCUCAGCAGCUGCAUCAUGAUGUUUAAAGUCUAGUUUACUCUUCUUUGCAGAGUGGAACAACUCCUUUAUUAGGAUUCGAAUUGGUUGUUGAGAUCACAUGCUCAGAUCUUGGGGACUGUAGCAAAAAGGCUAGUGUGAUUAAAAUAAACAGCUUUUGGCAACAAAUAGGUGAAUAAUAAUGGCCGUGCAUUGCAUAGGUUGCAGUGUCUGGGUGAUGGAAUACAAAUUGUCCCAAAUAAAGCUUUCAGUUGCCUGUUUCAUUGUUGUAAGUGUCCUACUGCUGGACCAGGAGUAAAUGCAUACCGUUUCUGAAGACACACUGAUAAGGUUAGUUAUGAAAAUGAAUUUCAAAUUUAAGGCCAAAGUGAAUGAACUUGAACCAUAGCUAACUUGGAGAAUUUUUCCAGUUUGGCCUUAAGUUUGAAUUUUACUUUGAAUGACCCAUUUUCAUUAAUAACCUUGUGAGUGUGUCUUCAGCAACUGUAUAUAUACCCAAGCUUUAAAUUCACAUGAAUUUCUGACCAUUCUCCCUUUAGUAAAUAACCCUGCAGUGCUUUAUGGGAGUCUGGCAUGUGAUCUCUCGUCCCUUUCACAUGGUAACCUCAUUCUCCAUGCACAAUAAACCUGCAGGAGAACCAAUGAGAGCUGGACAAACAGAGCAACAUGAUAGAAAUGGCAGCUAUGAAAGGUACAUGGAAUGGAGAAAAUUAAAUGGGAGAUAAAAUCCGAGAGAAGGAGAUGUCAGAAUAGGAAAGUGUGAAGGAGAUGGAAUGGAGGGGUAGGAUAUAAAUGGGAAUUCAAGAGAUGGAAUGCGUAGUAGAGCAGGAAAAUUAAGAUCAAACGGGCAGAUGAGGUUGAAAGAGAAAAUUAAUGCGAAGUAGACCUGUUAUGCCAGUAUGAUCCUUGGUUUAAUAAUUAACUUUUCUUUUUUUUUUUUGGUCUGUAAUCUAAUGCUUAGAUUCUUAAGCAGUAUUGCCAUGUAUUCCAGUACAGGUGUAUGAGCAAGGGGAAAAAGACAUAGAUGUGUUGCUUUUCAUAUUUCCAACAGGCUAGAGGCUUUGUAGCCAGGACUGAGCCAUACAGCGGCUGCUCUGACGUUACAAAUGCUGAAUCGAUAAAGGGGAAAAUAGCACUCAUGCAAAGGGGUCAGUGUAUGUUUGCUGAGAAGGCCCGCAAUGUCCAGAAAUCCGGGGCUAUUGGAGGAAUUGUCAUUGGUAAGUUGUGUUGUAACGCUGCUUAUGUAGUCAUCUUACUUUAUUUAAAUUUGUAAUGAUUUGACCUCUUGGGUACUUGACUCUGGAGCAUUCUUGUUAGAUGGACCAUUUUCAGAUUACUAUACCAUAAGGAUUAACUAUCUCACUAGAACUCAGUGACUUCCGUUUCAGACUUUAGAUCCCUUAUUUUUAAAUGAAUUGAAAGAACGAUGAAGGAAAUAAAUCAUGACCUUUACUGUGCUUUGGCAAAUAAAAUUGUACCUGUAGCACGUUCUAAAUUUACUUUAUAUGUAACGGUUGUAGCCUUUACAUUCAGAGUGCUUUUCUAUUAGACACCAACCCUGCGAGUUGCAUGUUUGUGCCUAGACUAGAGCGAGCAUAAUUUCAAAAAGCCCUGAGUCUGCUUCAUUAUCCAGCGACUUACUACUUCCUUUAACAGUCAAUAGUUAAUUAUGUACGUGGAUAAUGUUUAAAUACUUGGAGCAUUGAGUGACAAAGUAAAACAACAAACUCUUCCCCCCUCCUUUUUCCCCACAAGGCUCAACUGUAAACCCCAAGUAACGAAAUAUUAACCUAAUAAUUAAUCAAAUAUUAAUAUGUUGUUUUUUUUUAAUCAUUAUAUCACUCCUACAAGCUUGAUCUAUCUGUCUAAAUACCUUAAGGCUUUUUUACAGCUUUUUUAGGGGAGGUAAAAAAUCAAAUUGUCUUUUUUAUUGUCACCUGCAAUUUGUAUUGUAAAGACCAUUGGCAUAAAUUAACAACAGAGCCUAGCAAAUACUGGCCCUGUGCAGACCAUGCUAGAAACCAAGGAUGUAUUAUACCUACAGUGUGUUUCUUGGCCUGUUGUUAAUGCGAAUAGACUUGUGUGUGUAUUCAUGUACAUGUAUGUAUAUGUGUGUGGGUUUACCACACAGUAGGCAGGACACACGGCAAGUGCAGUAAUUACACAGUGUAUGUACAUAGUUAAUUUAUAUAGUAAAAAAACAACAGGUGUAGUAAAGGUGUAACUUAAAGGUACACUAAAGCAUUGUUAAUACAGGUUUGUAUUCCUAACACUUUAGCUUCCCUGUCCCCCUCCAUGUGUAUAUUAAAAAUAAUAAAAUAAAGGUUUUUACUUUCCUUUUUCCAGUCCCGAGGCUUCCUCUGUGCUGCUUACCUAUCCCACUCCCAUGAGGUCAUUGAAGAGCUUCUCAUGGAGUGGUUUAAUCCAAUGCUCCUAAUAGAGGUGCACUGGGGACCUGAUGUACAUGCGCGGUGAGUGCCAUGCACGAAUCCAAACUUCCCAAUAGAAAAGCAUUGAUUCAGUGCUUUCCUGUGGGGGCUUUCACAUCAUGUGACUGCGUUUUACUAGAAGAUGAUUUAACCCUGCAAUGUAAGCGUUUCAGUUUCUAAAUAAUAAAAACGGUGCUUUGCAUUGCAGGGUUAAAAUAACAGGACCUCUGCACCCAGGCCUCUUUACUGAGAUGAAGUGGUGUGGGUGUCUGAGUGGUUUUUUUAACAGAUUACAUUGCAAUAGAGGGAGGUGCAGUGUUUAUGUACUUGUAUAGCACUAACAGGUGUAUUUCGCACUUAACCAGAUACAUUAAAGUAGAGGAGAAGUGGUGUAAAUUCAGUAGUUAUACAGUGUAUGUGUGUUUACAUAGCACCUACAGGUAUAUUUAGCUAACGACAGUAAAUGCAGUAUAUUUUAUAUGACCAGUGCUAUAUGAAUGACUUCUCACUUUGCAUGUUACAUUGCAGUAGAUGGAGGUGCAUUAAGGGCAGUGUUUAUUUUAUUUAUAUAGCACUAACAGGUUUACUGAGCACUUCAUAAGAAAUAGACAAAAUGGUAACGAGUUCCAUACUUGAGCAAAUAUUACAAUAGAGGGAUAUCUUGCCACUAGUAAAUGCCUGGAAAGAUGAAGAGUAUUCUAAUGUGUGAAAAGAAUAUACCUUGUAGUGUUUAUUUAAAUGUGUGAAUAGGGUCUAUUUUUCUUCUCUUUAUAGAUGAUAAUGAUGGCAGCAGCAGUGACACAGCCCCCCUUUUCCAAAUGGCUGGAGAUGGGAAGAAUACAGAUGACAUUACAAUUCCUAUGUUGUUUCUGUUCAGCAAGGAGGGGAAUAUUAUUCUAGAUGCCAUCCAAGAGUACCAGGAAGUGGAGGUUCUCCUGUCGGAUAAAGCCAAAGACAGAGGUGAGCAGUAUUUGAUUAAUGAAGGGAUGGUCAAAGUGACAUGACGCAGAGGGCGGGGGUGGGGGUCAAGGGGUAGUUCUGUAAUAACUGAAAGGUUUCCUUUUGGGCAUUCCUGUUAGUUGUGGCCUUUGUUCUUCCACUACUUGCCCAAAAAUGGUUCUAUAAAAUUUACUUAAAAGGUUACUCCAAGCACUGUGAUCACUUCAGUGUUUUGAAGUGGUCAUGGUGCAAGGAUCCAGUUUGUACAACUUUUCACUAUGAAGCGCUGCAAAUACAGAGAUCUUAAAGCGAUCUGCCAAAGCGUGUUACUUCACCUCCAGCAGCGUGAUUAGCCAGCCCAUAACGAGCGUGUAUAGAAUGUACAGAUCUGAAAAUCACAAAUAGGAGGUGCACCUCAUAAGGUCUUUUAAGGACUAGAUAAUGAUAUUUAGAACAUUCCCACAAUUCCUUAAAGGAAAAUUUCAACCACCAUAACCACUACAUACACAAUUAUUUGUCAAAAUAUAAGUUGGUAAAACCAAAAAGCAGCCUUACAUGUUUGUUGGCUCAGACUCUUUUGGGGAUCAGUAACGUACCAAAUGAUAGUUACAGUGCUGGGAUAGAUUGCCAUGUGUCUUAAAAAUGUGCAAGGGCAUUGCCACUAAUGCUCCCUACACCAACCAUGCGCGACUUGGUUCUGGUGGUUAAAGGGUUAAACUUCACUCUUUGUCUGAAAUAAUUAUAGAAAUCCCCCUUAGCAGCACCCACACUUAAUUAUAAUAUAAACAUUAAUAUUUUAUAACACUGUCGCCACGAAGACAAUUUUAUAAAUGGGGGGGCAAAAUCCAAUUUAGCACAAUAUUUAUGUGAUUUCGAAUGACCAAUAAAUUGUUCUAAGACAAAGGCAGAACUUAAUCAAGGAAUAUUUAUUAUGAGCAAAUUAUUCGCACCACCGCCAACAGAUAAUCAUAAAAAGUAGAAAUUAACAAUGUCCUUAGCAUUUUAAAAAUAACGAUGUCUUCUGCCCCACACCAUUGAAUCUAUACCUCCUGUAUUCAUCGCAAGUUUCCAAGCUGCCCCAGAGGUGGAGCAAAGGCAUGCCUUUAGGAAGUAUAACUAACCACCCUUUGUGUUUCACACCAUAACCAAUCCAAACCCACUUUUGAUUUUAUUUUAACCUUUGUGCUGGUCACAGAAAUAAUUAUUGUAUCUAUAAAUUCGUUAUAAUUUUUCAGUUCAAUACGUAUGUCACAUUUCCUACUUAUGACCUAAUACCUUGGACUUCACAGUUUCUUCAAAACGGCUUAAGCUGCGCUAGCCAUUUUCAUACUCUUUUUGUAGGGUGUGCUUUCCCCCUUCUGAGUAUGCACUAUAUUUAUUGUAGCUAUUAGUCUGUGGGUUAUUAUUAAUGUUUCUUAAUGACUUGGAGGCGGCUCAUGUGUAACAUUUCACACUUUGCAAAAGAACUCUGGUUGAAGUCACCGCUUAAAAAGAGGAAUUCAUGUUGUAAACCUUCUCACAUCUAUCACAUUCUUAUACAAUGAAAUGAACUCCUCUCAUGCUGAAAUAGCAGAUUCAUGUAGGCACUACACAAAUGACUGGCAUUUUAUUAAUAUUUUUAAGGGCUACGUAAAAUCUUGUUUUAAAAGAAAAAACAGACUGACAUUUUCAGUGGCUCUUUAAUUUAUGAAAUCGGUGGCAGUUUUAUACCAAUACAAAACUGAGCGCAUCAGUGGUAUUACAAUAUUACAAAAAGGUAGUUUGGGGACCUUAUGUGCACACUUAUUUUCUUUUUUUUUUGUUGCCAAAUGUUUUGAACUCCCUCUCCUCCCCUGCUUCCCCUCCCUUACGUUCAGCGGAUGAUGAUUCCUGGUGUUUGUGGUAGUCUAGUUGGGACUAGAUAACUUAUUACCCCAUGUUCAUUAUGUAUCUCUCUUUUCUCAAAAUGUUCCUCUGUAAUUUAAUUAUCACACUAUCAUCUAAUAUAAAUAACCUAAUAUGUCUUUAUUGUGGUACAGUGUACAGUGCAAUAAUUGUAUAUUUUCACCAUGUAUUUUUUUUUUUUGUCUUAUUUGUGCCAAUCCUGGAUUUUCAGCGACCAUUUUUAAAGGUAAAAUAGUACCAAACUACAUUAUUGAUAGCAGUAAGUAUUUGUUUACACAUGGCAGAGUGACAACGUAAAUGAGAAUGAUGGCCCUAAAUUAGCAGUUUCAAUGUCUAACCACUUUUUUUUUUUUUUUUCCUCUCUCUUCCUCUCAAUUCAAGGACAGACUAUUUAACUGCUAUCCAUAAAACAUAAGUACUCCUUGUUCUGCAACUUACCACAACCCCAGCCUUGAUUCCAUUCAAUCGGGUGAAAAUGGUUGAUAAAUAUCACAUUUCGAUUAGAUUUAAUGCCAGCUGAAAUUCUAGUAGCCAAACCAGAUAAAUCGGCUGGCUGAGCGAUAUUGUCUAGUAAAUGUGUUUCGGCAGCACAUUUAUCAAGCUUUAAAAAAAAAAAAAAAAAAAAAUUUUUGUGUGCUAGCGAUGAAAUCGUAAAAAAGUGGGGAAAAAGGCAUAUAAUUUUUUUUUCCCCACACAGUUUUUUGAUAUUGGUAUGUUAAAGGCCAUUUAUGAGGAUUAUCUUUGAUAAAUGGCAUGUAUCAUCAAAUCUGAUCAUUUCAAUAUUAAUAUUGAUUUUUGAUCUUUUUCCAAACUCUGUAUUAUUCAAAGCGAUAUUUCUCAGUUGCAGAUAAGCCUUUAGGGGCCGGAUUUAAAGGGACACUAUAGUCUCCAAAACAGCUUUAUCUUAAUGAAGCAGUUUUGGUGUAUAGAUUAUGCCCCUGCAGUCUCACUAUUCAAUUCAGUUUGUUUAUGCAUUCCUAGUCACACCUCCCUACUUGCGACUUGCACAGCCCUUCUCUAAACCAGGGGUAGUCAACCUGGUCUUUACUGCCUACUAGUGGGCGGUUUGAGAUUUUAGGUGGGCAGUGGUGGGUUCUACAGAAAAUGCCCAGUGGGCCUUGAUGGCCACAGACCAAGGCCGGCAAGGGAGAUCCUUUCAUCUCCCCUGCCGGCCCAUGCAGAGCCAGUCUUGCUGUAAGCGCUCCCUACUUAGUUCCAGCAUAGGGAGGGAAGGGCCUUGGAUGCUCUGUGUUCCUCCCGUGCGUUACUAUGGCAACGCUCUAAUACAGUGCUGUGCUCUCAGGAGGACAGGAGAGUCACCCUGCAGCCGGAGGAGCUGCAGGCUAAAGUGAAGAUUCCACCACUGGACCACCAGGGCUUGCAGCAUAAUGUCCCCCCUCCCUGGUAAAAGGUAAGAAGAAGGGAGGGGGAGACAUUAAGAUAGAUUUUCACAUAUUACUCACACACAAACACACACACACACAGACUACCCCCUCACGAACACUGCCCACUCACACACACAGACUGCCCUACGACACGCACUACAUCCCUCACACACACACUACACCCCUUACACAGGCACUGCCCUCUCACACACGCACAGCAUCCUUCACACACGCACAGCAACCUUCACACAGCACCUUUCACCCAAAUAGAGCACACUGCCUCCUCACACACAUUGCACCUCACUCACACACUACACCAUUCACACACAAACACGCACAGAGCCCUUCACACACACAGCACCUCACAGACAAAGAGUAGAAUAGAAAAUAGAAAAAAAAUAUACAUUUAAGUACAUUUUACAUUUUAAAAAAAAAAUAACCUCCUUUGUAAAAAAUGUUAGAAUAAAUUUAAUUUUUCCUUUAAAAUUAGUUACUGCAGCACUGUUGGGCGGUAAGGACAUUUUACCAUUAAAACAGAUACAGAAGUGGCCGGUAGGCAUUAAAAGGUUGACUACCCCUGCUCUAAACACUCUAAAAACUUCUAAAGUGUGUUACCAUCUGAUUUAAAAUGAAACCAUGUAUUUCAUGCAGGCUGUGAGAGUCCCAGCCAGGGGAAGUGUGGCUACAGCUGUAUGGACAGAAACAAACGUGAUUUGACUCCUAAAUGACGGAGAAUUGUGUAGUGACACUGCAAGGGUAUGCUCUAUACACCAAAACUGCUUUAUAAAAAUAGUUGCUUUGGUGACUAUAGUGUUCCUAUAAAUAGAUUGUAGCUGAUAAAAUGCUUAUUUAAUAAACUGCUGAUAUUAUGUAGGCCCCAAUUGACUAUAUAUUGAGCUUUUUAUAGUAAACAGUCACAUGACUGCAUUAUGACAUAGCCUGAAGUUUGGAUUUAUGGCUACUGUCCUCAACCUUGAGUGACCAGCAAAUUUUUUAGGGAAUGCGAAACAUUCUUUGUCAAUGGUAUUUGUUAGGGUAAAGGAAAAGUGUUGCAUAAAACAUGGUCAAAAGGUUGUUUUGGCUUGUUUAAACUCUACAUUAAAGAGCCACUAAAUGUUUUUAAUCAUGGCCUUUUAUUGAAACCAGUGUUUAAACGUAGUGGAAUCCAGAGUGGGAAUAAAACAGUAUAUACUUUCAGUGAUGCCAGCCAUUUUGUCAUGUUCAGGGUGCCAUCAUAUAUUAGUCUAGGUGUAGGCAACCUUUGGCACAAUUUCUAUAUGGAACCUGUAGAUGGGAUCAUAACCAACAGUGACAGAAAUUCAUAUUAUGGUUUCACUGACAGCUGAUUGGCUGGAGCAUGUACUGAUGAUGUCAGCCCCUUCAUCAUCUGUUAGGUGGCAGGUAGUAUAAAACGACAAAAAACAAAACAAAAAAAAAUUCUACACUAUAACAAGUUGCUCUGUUUUUGGUUUUCACUUAUUAUUAGAGUAAAAAAAGUCUCGUUGGGGAUGGCGUUAUGUAACUUUUUAUCUUUAUUAUUCAGCACACAAAAUAUAGUUGUUGUUAUUUUUUUUUUCUGUUUGUAGGACAAAACAUAUUUUAAAUUGCAAAAAAUUGAAAAGGAACCGCACUCAAUUCACUAAAGACAGGGUGCUUAGCUGGACCAAAGGCCAGCACAAGCCAAGAAGAUAAUAAAUAACCAGUAUUCGAAAAAAGGGGGCCAGGCACCCCAAUGGCUUCAGACACCUUUAUUAGAACAAGUGGGAACAGUGCAACGUUUCAACUCCCAAUGGAGUCUUUGUCAAGCUUAACAAAGACUCCACUGGGAGUCAAAACGUUGCACUUUUCCACUUGUAAUAAAGGUGCCUGAAGACAUUGGAGUACUUGGACCUUUUUUUUUCUUGGCUUUUACUUGCCCAAUUUCCAUGGUAAUGCUGUGUGACUUUUGGGGUUACUUUAUCUUAUGAUGAUCUCUUCCUGGUGGUGAUGUGACAGUGUUUAAAAUUCCCAAAUAAGAGGAAUUGUCCUUUUUGUAGGUUUAACCUGAUUCCUCGAUAUGCUGUUUAAAGUGUUUACUGGAGUGAGAUGUGCAGUAGAGAUAUAAGUACAAACAAACCACUUCUGCAUUUCUUGUGAAUAGCGCCGAAGGCUUGCCACAUGGCAUGGACAGCCUGUCUCUCUUGUUCAUGUGCGCACUCACUCUAUGCAUUACAUCACAGGAAGAUUUGUCUGUGUCACAUGUCAGACUGUGCCCUACAUAUUUAUUUUUUUUUAAAUCAUUUUCCUUCUUUUGGCUAUUAAAGUGUGCCAUUUCCUCCAAAUUCACAGCUCCUAAAGAGUCUCCAUACUUUUUCUAAGCCUUUACUUAGAAGUGGCUCACCAUGUUAUGCAUAGAGAUAGAAGUCCCUUACAUGUAGGAUUCAGUCAUAGGUUCUCAUAAUCAUGCUUUUUGUACAGUACAUAUUUUGCCAACGUAAGCUCAGUUUACAUACAGCAAGAAAAAAGUAGUAGGGCAUAAUCAUGAGAAGCAAAAUUUUAUAUAUUUUCCAAAAUAGCUUGAAAACAGGACACAUUUGUGAAAAAGUGUUAUAAUGUAUCACCAGCUGUAGUAUCCCAAAAUUGCAGCCACAAAAAUAAACUUGAAAUGUGCAGCUUCAAGUGCAAAAGAAAAAGCAAUUGUCACUUGGCUUUCUUUUUUUUUUUUUUUUUAUAAUUUAUUUAUUUCAUUUUUCUUAUAUAGACAUACAGGACAUUAGCAUCAUCCAUACUAAUAUAAAAAACAUAAAAAUGUAAACAUUUAACACUGAUUGGAUAAGACAUAUGAUAUUACAUUUAUACAUACACAUUUAAUAUUGCUCACUAUCUUGUAUUUAAAAUAUUAUUGCUUAUUCCCCAUUUCUUUACUCAAUAAUAUUAUUUCCUUAAACUAAUCCAAAUACCAUAAUAACCAAAACAAUGUGCAUGACAAAAUUUUCAUCCAACAAUCCUUCUAAAAUUAAGGUUUCAUCUCCCAUAAUAGUCAUCCUUCUUCACUAUCUAUUGUUACUUUUAUUAAAUAAAUAGCUUUACUGGCUUCAUUAGUAUGAUGUACUUGACAAACAUACAAAAACAAACAAGCAUUGCAGACUCUACUUGGGGUAUAUCAGUGGCACCUCUAUUUCACUACCUUAAAAUAAUAAAAAAAAAGGAAAAAGAUGUAAAAAACACAAACACUUGGCUUUCUUAUUGAUCUUAUGUGUUAGUGCGUUAGUUUAGUGCAAUGAAAUGUUAAUACCAUAACUCUGGCCAUGGAUAUUCUUUACCAUUGAAUUUCCAUUGGGGUUUAUGUUCCGCACUUGGCUUGCUGGGGUGGUUGCGCUCGAAUUCCUUACAUUUAUGAAGCUUUGAAGUGCUACAUUGGUCCAGUGUUGUGUCAUACCUAGAGAUAUUUUGUGUGAACAUUUAUCACCUACCUUUUAAUGAUAAUCUCUCUUCUCUUUGUGACCUAGAUUUAGAAGGUGAAACUGGAGAGCAGAAACCAUCUGAAAAUAAUUCCCAAAAACAAAUUCUAGAAGAAACUUCUAUACCUCAAGACAGGAUCACGGACUCUGAAGAUGAUGCGUCAGUAUCUUCCCAACCAGGGUUGACCAGUUCCUCUAACAGUGAGGAUUCUUCUAGUCCAGAGGAGGACAGUGGUUCAUUAGAAAGUAGUGAGUUUAAUGAUAAGAAUAUUAAGGACUCAGAAGACCAUCUACAGGAAUCAAUGGAAACAUUAGAAGAUCCCAAAGUUAAUAAAUGGGACAAAAAAAGGGUUCAGCCAAUAGAGUCGAUAUUGGCAGAUUGGAAGGAGGACAUUGAAGCAUUUGAACUGAUGGAAAAGGAUGAACUAUGACCAAGAACUCAAAAAUAAAAAUUUUGUCCACAAAACCAGAUUUCUUCUGAAAUAUCCAUGGUGUUGCAAGACUUUUUCUGAAGGUCAGAAGUAUACAUGUGAACUUAACAUUAUUUUCUGCAGAUUUCUAAUGGGUCCUUACCUCCAAGGCAUGCCCGUUUCAUGUUGUGGAUGGAUCCUCUGAAUUUGUCAGAUAUUCAUGGAUUCUAGGAACAAAUUUAAAUUCUAUUUUUAUGAAGAUCGACCAGGGAGGGGCUUCAUCAAAAUAAGACAAAAUGUUUAAGAGCUUGCAAAACUCUAUCUUUACUAUAACUGAGAAAAGAAAAUCCUUUAAUUUAUUAAAUCAUUUUAAAGAUUUUUUUUUUGUUUUUAUGUACAAGAAAAGAGAAAACCUGAUUUAAAACCUAACAAACUUACAUUUAGAUAUGGACCUAAGAUUGACUUGACUCACAAUUGUUCUUUGAUCAAAAGUAUGUUUGGGUUUUUGUUUUCCCCCUUCCUGUCUCACGUCAGAGGAUUCUGUAGAAUCCACUACAGUGUCCACUUGUACAGUUGGCAGUAUAUGGUUCAUAGAAGUCUCCUUUAGUUUCAGUUGGAGAUUAAUUUAAUUGGUCAUUUAUUUAGUUUUUGUUACUGGGUCAAAAAAAUAUUUUUUGCCAUAAUUUGAAAUGGCAGAUUUGAGACUUUAAAAUUGGUUUAAUACGAAUUCUAACUGUAUUUACAAUCAGUAGAAAAUAUAUUCUGUUUUAAAUUCUGAGAGAAGGAGACGUUGCUUGAAUACUUUAUUUGCAAAAUAGCUUUUAAUAUCAGUCAUGACCAAGUCUGGUGUCAUUAAUUUUACAAACAACUCAUAAAUCCGUUCAGGGUUUUUUCGGUUUUGAAAGAAAAGGAAAAAAAAAUGUAAACCACUCAAAUGUAAUUUUUUCAUUAUAUAAAGAAACAUUGUAACAGUCAAAUCCUUAAGCAAAAACUAAAACCAAAUAUAUAAAGUAUUAAUAAAAUGGGAUAUGUAGUAACUAGAGGAUAAAUAAAUCUGAAAGCCCUGCAUAAAAAGGCUAAUCUGCAUUUAACGGAGCACCCCUAAAAGCUGUGAUCAGAAAAUGUUUGUUAAACUAUAGAAUUAUGUAUAUUUUAUAUAUAAUAUAUAUAUAACAAUUUUGUGCUUUUUUUUUUUUAAUUAUUGUUCAUUUGGAUAUGUACGUUUUAAAGCAUCUUAAAAAUUAUAAGCCUAUAAAAGCAUGUCCUGAUAAUAUACAACUGCCAAGACCAUAGUUGGCAGUUAACCAAUGGAUUCAUAGUUCCAGCAACAAAAUUCGACAUCCACGGAGUAGGGUUCUAUUCCCAACUUUUAUCAUCUGAUCUCUCCGAUUCACUAAUAAGCAUUUUGACUGGUCUUUAAAGCAGGAUUAUUGGGACCUGUAAGUGAAUUUGUGAUGGAAAACACGUAACCUGGUUAUUUUAUUUAAGGCUCAUUCGGCAGGGAAUAAAGAUGCACCUCUUGUUCCUACCUCGGUUGACUUAAGUGAAGAAUACGUUUGUUUAAGGUAAUAUUUGGCUGCUAUGAGUCUUGAGACUUCAAGAUGCAUCCAUAAAAACACAUUAAGGGCUUUACAUUUCCAAUACUGUGUUAGAAUUGUGCAAACUGCUAACUCUGUUAUUUUAUUGCGGUUUCUGUUAAUUGCUUUAUAUAUGUUAAUAAGGAAUCCAUGGCCUGUUGUCUUAAAGAUUGUUGAUGGUUUAGGUGAGUAAAGAACAGUGGGGAAACCAAGGCUGGAGCAGUGGAUGUCAUAGGUAACUGUGACUGCACUACAAAAUCUGUUCUUAUCAGGAUGUCUCAAAAGAGACAGCAGUCUUCAUUAUUCAGAGUUAAGCCCCACAAAGUGUUUCCAAACCAUAAAAAAGACAUUGUUUUAUUGGGUAGGGGAGUUUGUGAUUUUGCUCAAAACAGAUACAAAAAUGUUGUCCAGAAAACUAAACAUUCAGUAGAUGUGAUAAGACUGCUAUUAUGCAAUAAAAUGAUGGCGUUUAGUUUCUAUUUAAUAUCUUCAUACACUUUUAAAAAAAUAAAAUAAAAAAAUGUAUGAGUAAUUUUUGUUUUAAGAGCAAAUGUCUAAUGGAACUUUAUCACUGCCACAAAUGCCAUCUAUAUUGUUUUUUUUUUUUGUUUUGUUGCUUCAAGAAUAGGUUUUAUUUGGAAGAAAACAUUUUACAUUAUACAAAAUAAAAGGCACUAUGUUUAAGUACUUAACCAAUUAUAUAUGUACAUGAGUCUGUUGAGUUAGUAACUUGGUAAUUAAAAUUUACCAAAAAAAAAAAAAAAUUACAUUAAUCAGAGUAAAACAAGUCUAAAACCAUUCAGCAUUUAUAUAUUUUAACAACAAAUGUCUCGUGUGCUAUUUACACUAUGACUUUACUGUGAUUGGUAACUAGUUUUGGUGCUGUAAUUUCGGUCUUCCUGGCAGAUUUUCUAACCAUUGUGUAGGAACCAGGAGACAGAGUGUCUUUACAGAAACAAUAACUAUGUGGGUGACACCUAUUACUGGAAAUAGUUGAAACACACAGACUAUUUCAGUUUUAGGUUAUGGCCUGUGUGAUAUGUGAACCAGAAAUGUAACAAAGGAACUCUUUUUCAUAAGUAAUCUACCUCAAAUGGUUUAGUUGGAAAAAGAGUUAAUCUUUGUUUUUGUGAGACUGGUAUUAACUUAAAGUAAACUGUCAUUUUUAUCCUGUUUACAUGAUAUCAUUCAGUAAUCUACUAAAAUAAGAGGUAAAAAUCGUAUCUGACAAAGUCCAUUAAGACAAUCUGUAAUUCAUCUAAUCAAAUACCAAUAAACCCCUAUUUAUUGCAAUUCUAACAUUUGCUAAACUUUAAAUUGUGUACAAUGUGUGUUUCUCUCUGUAAAGAACACCGUGCACUAAUGGUAUCCUAGAGUGUACAUGUCAUACAUAAUCAUAUAUUUGCAAAUGACUACCCUGUCUUACUCUGACAGUACUGAAAUGUGUAGCUUAUGAAAAGUUAAUUUAUGUUUGAUCACUCCCUUUAGUUAAGCAGUAAACAGGGAUUCUGGGUAUAUACACGUGUCACUUGUUAUUGCCAAAAUAAAACAAUUUGAUAUGCAGGCAAAUGUAGCUCCCAUUACUGUUGCUUCUGGUUACACAUCAAGCACCAUAACCACUGUGCUUGGAGUGUUCUUUGGUGUUCGUUGCCUCAUUCAUUAUGUAAGUAAACGAUUUGCUAAUGGUUUGACUUCCUGUCUGGGGUUUGCCAGUGAGCAACUUCUGACUCUUCAUAAUAAAGGGGAGCUGUAGGGACAGCCACUUGGUGUAUAGCAGAUAAGAAGUUAAACCGUUCAGAAAUAUUCUAACUACUUAUAUGAGGUAUUCCUAGCACUAUAACCACUAGAGCAGUCAGUGGAGUCCUCCAUAAAUUCUCAAACUUGCAAUAAAAUAUUAUAGGCUUCACAUGAGAAAACACUUAUUCCCAUUGAACUAGAUUAAUGGCAGAGGAAUUAAACUCCUAUUCUUAUUCGUUCCCCCCUCAAUUUGCAUAUCACAGUUCAGCAUUAAAGAAUUUUAAAUGCUGCAUCUUUACAAUUAACGAAGUGUUGCAAUUAAAUGGAAUGUACAUUUUAGUUCAUGUGGCUUAUUUCUUUCUCCAUGGCAGACUAUGGUCCAGCAAAUUGGCUCAAUCAUACUCAAGUAUAACUGGCAAAGUCCAUUACGUAAAAGACUGACGUUUUCCCUGUGAUUUAGUUUUUUGACGUGUGCCUAGACUUGCCAGAGCUCAGUUUGAAUAUCAUUAACGUGAUUUAAAAAAAAAAAAAAAUCCUUUUGGAGUUACAUUUUGAACACAUGAAAUAUGUACUUUUCAUAGGUAUCCCUGAUCUAGCAAACCUUAGAGCAGUGGUUUCCAAAACAGUUCUCAAGCAUGCCUACCCGUCCAGGAUUUAGAGAUUACCCAGUCGUGUCUAAGGUUUUUUUUUGUUUUUUUUCUUUUUCUAAAAACACCUUUAGACACAUUUGGGUAAUCCCUAAAUCCUGGACUGGUUGGGGAAACCACUGCCUUAGAGGCUUAUACUUGAGAUUGGUGAAGAAAUUUUUUUAAAUAAAACGUCCCAUCAAUUUUACGUAGAACUGGGAUUAUUUAAAUUCAGUUCAGUAAUGUUGUACAUGUGGUAUAAUCUCAAUGAAUGCAUCAUAUUUAGUUACUUUUGUACAAUAACCGGGGGAAUCAGCCUUUUCACCAUCCAUUUCUGAAACGCCUUUCGGUUUCAGUUGGCUACUUUAACAUAAAGCAUAUUUGAGGCAUUUUAUAUUACUUUUGUACUGCUAAAUUAUGCUCUUCACUUAUCCACCUAUGGCAUGUAUCUACACAAAAUGUUUGGCUUACAAUUGUCUAAUUAAAAUAUCCGAUAUUUGCACUUUUAAAACAUCCCCAUCCAACUCUAUGGAUAUUGUAUGUUAAAUUUUAAUGUUUUUCAUACUAAUUCACUUUUUUUUAAUUAUAAUAUAUAAUGGUAUGCAUUAUGUUUUGGUAUACAUCUACACCCACACAAUACUGUUGUAACUCUGUUUAUGUACUGUAAAAGCCUGAAUUUACUGUAUAUAAUCUUUGUGUACAUAUAUAAAUUGUGAAUUUGACAUGAUUGUAAAAAUUUAAUAAAACUGUAAAUAUUGUAGUUGGAUUUGAAUUAAA